UCGACUACUGCCGCCCUCUGUCGGUGCGACCGUUUUGUCUGACGCGUGAAAAAAAUCACACUGGACACGGAAAGUUCGUGUUUUUCACUAUAAUGGCCAAGACCAGCGUCGAGCCACCCACCACAGCGUAUAAUAACCGGUUGCGCAUCGAAAAGUCGAAAAAAGUACCGAAAACCGGAGACCAAAAGUCGCGGAAACGCAGCAGCACCCGUAACGCGAUCCAUUCGUCUUCCCUGCCAAAGAGCGCCGAUUCCGAGGCCACCGACGUUAACGCGUACAACGCGGCCGCCAUGCCGAUGUGCGCGCGUCAAAAUGGGAAGCCGUUGCCGCGCGAAAUGCGUCCGUCCACUUCGUCGUCGUCAUCAGCGGCGGCCGGGCACACACGGAUUUCGGACAACCGUUACGCGAAAAACGCCCCAACGGGAACCGGCCCAUUACAGGUAAAUGACGUUUAAGGGGAUUGCGAUGGUUGACGGAAAAAAAAUAUUUAAAAAAAAAAUUGAGCUGCAAAGCUCCGUCGCUAGAGUCGGAUUACCCCUAGGAUGACUUGAGACCGUUACUAUCAAGUAAUUCUCGGGAGUUUCGAAAUCGUACAACAUAUACGGUGGGAUCGGUGGUUGGAAGUUUAAACCUUAUCUAAAGGCACCGAUUCUAUUAUCAUAUUUAUCCAUCAUAACCAAGUUAAUUACGUACAUGAGUCGGUGAAGGUAUUUAAACCCCGAUAUUUCCUGCGAAAACAUUGAAAUCUGAUACGGUUGGGGAACAGGUUAAUAGUUGAAACCACUAAAAGGCACAUCUUUGAUGCGUACACCACGCAUAUACAAAUGCCAUUUACUUGGCUUUUUAUGCUCAUAUCUUUCAUGUUUUUACAAGAAAUACCGGGUUUUAAAUACCCUCACCUUCAAAUGAAAGUAAGUCACUUGGUUAAAAUAUGUACAUUAUAUAAAUACAUAAUGCAUUGUUGUUGAGGAAGUGCCUUAAGAAGGCUUGGACUUUUAACCCAUAACCUCAUUGUUUGUUUGUAUAUUAGCAACAAUCUUGAAAACUAUUAUAACCAAUUUCGAACUUUUUCAUUAUCGAGCUUAUCAUUAUAAAAAAAAAAAACAUUGAAUAUAAUACGGCAAUAGGUCAUCUGAUGGGUGGGAAAUACGACUCUAGUGACGGAACUUUGCUGCUGCUUGUGUGUUUUUUAGGUUCUGAGUCGAGUAAGGAAUGUAUUGGUUUUACAAUAAUAUUUUUUUUUUCUGUGGAACCUUUUCUACCAGCGAUUUUGCUCCGAUUUACAAUACUAACAUUUUUUUCGGAGAUGCUUUAGAGAGGUCAUUUUUUGAUUUUCCAAAGAGUUUUCCCCCAAAAAAAAUGAAAAACCGGGAAAAUAAGUACAAUGUUAAACAAAUAUUAUUAAAAAAAUUAUAUAAUGCAUAUGCAAUUAUUUUACCAUAAUACGACUAUAUAUAUUGCUGACGAAGCAACACUAUCAACUGAACUUCAAUCAGAAUCGUUUUUCGUUAACAACGGUUAAUCAUUCCGCACAGAUAUACAUUAAAAUAUGUUCUCUCUCCUACCUUCUAAUUUCUCACCUACAACAGCGGCCCACCCACGCGCGAAAUACGUCUGUUUUUAAUUAUUAUUUACGUACAUUCAUAUUGCCACGGGCAACUAUAGUAAAGAAUCACAGAUACUUAUACACAAAUACUCAAUGGUCGUGAUUUUUCGUUCGUAGAUCACUCGGAAAAUAUUUUUUCGAGGCUACAAUGCUAUAUUUAAUAACGUUUGAAGAUUCCACAUUAUUUUGUUACGCGUGUAUAAGAUAAAUAUAUUACUAUUUAUAAAUAUAUAAUACGAACGCCGUAAUUUGUACUUUGGUCGGUCAACAACAAGUUAAAUAAAAAAACCGCCUCGACUGUGAAUCUCACAGUUCAAAAAUAAUACACGAAUGUCCUUUGGUGAUAAAAAGCGCAUCGUAUGACAAUGUCGUCGCUGCCGUGAGAACAAUAUUAUUAAAAUAAACGCGCCAAUUGUGUAAUACAACGCGCAACAAUACGAGUUUAAAAAAAAAAGUAAUACUCGACUGUUUUUUAGACGAAAAUCGUGCCGUGGAACUGGCCGAGGGGGUGUGUCCCUAGUCUAGAAACCCCUCCCCUGUCAUUUGAAUCCCACCGUAUGUAUUUAAAAAAAAAAACCUGCGCGCACAAAUCGCCGUUUAUUUAAUCGGAAAUUCGAUGGCGCGGAGCAAACGGUUUUGUGGCGAUAUUGCAAGAUGUCUUUGACCACCUUGGAAGAAUUCCGGUUGCGUCACUGUCGCGGUACACCGGCGGUACGAGUACCGUGUGCCUGCCCACCGAUAUCGCGGGGCCUGUAAAGUCCGAAAAGCGUGCCGCGAGGUUUUAUUCGGAUUGUUGGCAAUCCGUUAAAAACCCAGUGGUGUGUCGAGCGCCGUUGUUGUCUGACGGUAAUUCCGGCUACACAUGCGCAGGGUCUACCAAAUUCUCACGUCGCCCGUUUUCAAGAGUGUGGCGCGUGUGCGCCGUAUUGGCGUAUGCGCUCGCCCACUCUCGAAACCGUGGAACACAUAAUUUGGAAGACCCUGUACGCGGCUAUGUGCAUGCGUGCGCGUGUGUGUGUUUAUAUAAUGACUAUAAAUAUGUAUCGAAAACAAAAAAUUAAAAACGAUAAUCACGUGAGCAGACGCCGUUUUGCUCGGCAUGAAAAAAAAAAAAAAACUCAAGGACAUCGGCGACAACAGUCUCUAAUGCGGUAGACAAAAGUGAAUCAUUGAUAUCGGUCCCCCGGACGGUGCAAUAUUAUAUUAAUAUUAUUCGUUAUGACGGUAUUAAAUACCGCUGUCUGCGCAAUCAUCUAUACCAGAACAAUAUCGUGCCGGACCGUUAAGAUUACGGUUAUAAGAUAACGAUAAUAAUAAUAACAGUACAGUCUUUCCGUGGAAACAGUAUAUUGAAUUUAAUAUAUUGUUCGUUUGACGAUUUAAACCGUAAAAACCAUCGUCCUCGCCGCGACAGAUGGGUUUUUUUUUCCAUUUUUUUCCACCUCCCUCCCCCUCGUCGUUUAAUUGAACGCGUUGAAACAAACAAAAAUCACGUAAGCUGUUCAACAUCGGCUUCUAAUUUAUGUUGUUAGGGUUGUACUCGUAUAUGUGUUUGCUGACAAUAACGUACGUCGUUUGCAUUUACUAUGUUUAAAUGUGCCGAGCACGUCGACACUGCACGCAUACUGCAAUAGUCACAUUUAAAUUAUGUUUUAUUUGCACUUUGCGAUCCCGAGUGUGUACGAUUUUGUCAAUGUGUUGGUAAGGAACGCAUACAUUUUUUAGGGACGAAGAAUGGAAUGCAUUAUUUUUAGAAUAAAACCACGUGGAACGGGAUUUAGUUCUUAUUUAUGAGAAACGUAGACGCGAAUCUUCGUUUCUUCUUCUUUUCUUCAAUUUUCACAUUUUUCCUUACAUUACAAUAUUCUUAUAGUUAAGUGCAUGAGUGACUUAUGUGUAUAAUGUAUAAUAUAUUUCUAAUAAUUAGUUUGGACUUUUUCUCUAGGUAUUAAUAUAAAAGAAAAAUAAUGUGUACAACAGUUAUUUAAAUAGGCGAAAACUGGAGCGGCUGUUUUGUUUUCGAUCGAAAAUAUUUCAGAUAAAAGCGCCCAAGAAAAUAUUCUCUUCUUUAAAUUUCGUCAUUCGUGAUUAAACGCCCGAUUUCAAAUUAAUCCAAUUCCAUAAAAAAUAACCUAAUUUCGGAGGCUGUUUCACCGGUUUUAGUUGGACUGAUGAAACGGUAAAAAUAAUUGUCGAGGAAGCACGUAUAAUAAUGUUAGUGUACUAAAUAAAAUGUCCAGAGAUUAAUUUAACGGAUAUAAAUUGAUUGGAAAAAUACCAUUUUUUUUUUUUUUUGUUCUUUUUUAAUUUCCGGAGUUUCAACAUAAUCGAGUCUCUCGCUACCGCCCCCCCCCCCUGGAUGUAUACAUUCAAAUCGGUUAGAAUAUUAAAAAACAACAAAAUCUUCAUUACUGUUCGAGAUUUCGAUUCUCUCGCGGCAUUUGAUUAGUAUUAAAAACGAAAAACAUGUACGUGGUGGGAAUUGGGUCACUAUAUACCUACACACUCAUAUGGGUAACAAUAAACGAUAUAGGCUGGACAAUUGAUGGACCGGAGUGCGUAGGCACGUACGCCGUCGAAAUCGGAAACGGUCAUAAUAACAUACGAGUACCUCCAAAAGUAAAAACACUUUAGAAUUUUGUUUUUUUUUUUUGUCUACUAAUUGAUAAUAUUAUUACUAAAUUCGUAGAAGAACAAAAAAAUAUUUUCGUCCGACGAAAAAACGUUUACACCAACUUGUCGACUUUCUUAUUGGUCAGUUAUCUGAAUUAUAAAGAAUAUCUCGCGUUCCUUGGCGAAACAAAAAAAUAAAAAAAUAAUAAUUUAAAACGACAGUAAUGGUUAAAAAAAAAACACGUUUUUUGUUCUUCAAGUUCACGAGUCGCUGUAUACAUAGGUAUUCGAUAGUUUAUGAAUCACUGGUUCGAAACCACUCUGGCAGAUGUUUGAGAACGGUAUUUUACCAUUUCGAAGGCUACACAAUAAUAUUUCAACAUUUAAAAUAACAACUAUCCUGAGCGAAAAUAUAAUAAUUUUAAAUUAAACGUAUGUAAAAUUAGUUAUAUCACUAGACUUUUAUCAAAACACUCCAAUAAUUGCAGUAUAUUGAAAUAUUGCCAACGAUAUCGUACCGAAAUAUAUUGAAUUUCAAUAAAUAAUUCCCGAUUCACCAAAAUCAAUAUUAUUGUAAUCGCAUGUACAUCAAACACGUAUAAUUAUUAUAACUAUAUAAAAUAACCACGGAACAUAACGACGGAAAAAGAGGAUCACGAUACGUUUUACAAUAAUCCGUACAUUUUUUUAUUAUUCGUGUAUUAUUAUUAAAUUGUUUUUAUUUAAAUAAAACUAUCACGUGAAUAAACAACGUACAAUCAGAAAAAGACUUCCUUACGCACCAAAAAUAAGACAAUAUUUUAUUUCAGAAAAGAUGCUUCUCAUGAAAAUUAGAUCCAGAUUUCUGGUAAAAAGAUAAAAUUGGAAAAAUUGAAAAUAAUGCAACUUUCAUUGCCGCGGGAAUUCGUCUGGUUUUCCAUUACGGGUUUGUCCCAAUUAUAAUGAAAACUACACUUGGAAAAUCAAAAAACUGAGACCACCUCAAUGCACCAAUUACAACCAAAAUGCUAUGAAAAUCUCUCUUGUCCGUUUUUAAUUGGAGCCAGAUUUACGAUCGAAAGGUUGUACAUAGACACACGCACCAAAAAUCACACAUCAUCUAGCAAAACCAAUACGUUUCCUCACUGCACUCAGAAUCGAAACAUAAAUUCAAAAACGCAUCUAAAAUAACAUACUUAUAAACGAACUAAAAUGUAAAUAAAACUAUUUUCUCACAUAUAUAUCGCAAUAACAUCGAAAUUGAAUACGAGUAUAGUAAAUUUUAACACACAUACAUUUAAAUAUAAGGUGUUAUUCAGUUAAUGAAAUAGUCCCUCUCAAGUUGAUUAACUAAUAGUGUGUAAGGGUUCCGUAAGAGAUUGUGAUACUUUCUUUCAUUAUUUCAGACCAGUGGUACCCAAACUGUGGUCCGCGUGUUUUAUUAUCAUAUUAGAUGGUUUGCCAAAUGAUUUUGUCCCCUGAAAUAAUUGAUACUUGUUUGUGCAUUUUUUUUUUUUUUAAAAACGUUUUUCAUUAAAAACGAAAAACGAUUUAAUAUGAAAAACGAUAUUUCUGGUAAAAAACACGAAUCGUAAAAAUUUAAAAUAAUGAAAUAAUAACGCCGUAAAUAUAUUCGUUUUUAUUAUUUGUCUCCUGAGGUUUCUUAAUUCUUAUAAAAAAUUACUUAAAAAAUCAAAAAAUAACUUUCAUUCUAAGUAAAUAGAUUCAAAACGUAAUAAAAAAGAUUUCUUAUCAUUUUUCGUUUAAAGCAAGUAUUCUGUUCGAAAAUUGUUUUACAGACAGAAAAAACAAAUUUGAAAAAAAUACACCUCAUAUAAUAAUAAUAACUUAUUUAUAAUAAAUAAAUAAAUACGGUCGAAAGCCCAAUUUUGACAUAUUUUAAGUGGACACAGAAAAAACAUGUAAUCUUAAGUAUAAUAAUAUAAAAAAUAAUUAAUAAUAAAAAACAGCGAACGUGAUGUGUAUCUAGAUUAAUAACGUAGACAAUAGGGAUUAGUUAAUGUUAACUAUGGAGUCAUGUAAAAAAUAGAUAUUAAGAUGGUUAUUACACAGGGACAUUACUCUUGAGGAGUGAGUUUUUGGCAGUCUAUACUGUGAGUUGGAAUAUAGAAUAUUAUGUGGUAUCUUUGCUGAGGAAUUUUAAUUUGGAUUAAAUUGAAUAAGUAUGGAAAUUAAUAAAACCAUUGAUGAGGUUGAAAAUAAAAGUCAUAUUCACUGCUUUACGUCUAGUGACCAAUGUGAGGAGGUCUAAAUAAACGCGCACAGGUUGAUAAAUGCGUAUUUUUAGAAACAAUCUUGGAUUCUUUUGAUUGGAUUACGUUCUAAAUUAGUAUAUGAACUCCAAAUAAUGAAACCAUACUCCAAAAUAGAUAUUAUUUUAAAUGGAACAAAACCUUAUAAUGAUGAAAACGUAACAAAUUCGUUUCAACGAACCGUGAAAAUAUUAUGGUCGCAAGCAGUUUACGAAGUUCUAGUAAGUUAUUUAUACGCAGUGGCGGUUUGUGAAAUAUUGCUAACUAUUCCUCAUUUUUCUUGCAACCACUUUAUUGAUAUUGACAUUUUUCUUCCAUUUUGGCAUUCGACAUGUGCCUCAUGGAAAACUUAGUUCAUUGGAUGGCUUUAAUUUAUCCAUUGUUAUCUAAUUAUCCAUACGAUUUAUUGAUUCAUAAAAUACUGACAAAAAAAAAAAUAGCGUUAAAUAUUAUCCUAUUUAUUUUGAUGUCUAUAAUUUAAAAUUUUAAUCGGGUAUAAGCGUGGAUAACAUCAUAUUACCCUCAUAUUGCUAUUAUCAUACUUGUACGGCUUCGUAAUAUUAUUAUACUUUUUGCCGUGUUUGAAUACUUUUUUUUCUUUCUAACAAAUAACCCAUGAGAGGUUUCCUUUUUGUUUUUCAUAGAUUUUUUAAUUUUUUUCGUACGUCGGUUUAGCCGGUAUACCUGGAUAGUUGAAUAGGUAUUUGUUAAAAAUUAAAAAUUAUUUUAACCGGGAAUAGGGACGAUAUUGAAAAUGUAUAUAAGACUCAGAUUUAUGAUAAAAAUCAAACUCAUAAUAUGUUAGGACUAAGAGUAUAUUUCAAAGUGAACGGAGGGGAGGGCGAUCAUCCCCUCUCUGGAUCCGCCACUGUGAAGACAACAAAUACGGGCGUGGCGUUCUCUCAGACCGUUGUUAUGAUUUGUGAAACCUUGGGCGAAAUUUAAAAUAUUUUCGUAUUUUUCUAUAUUAUAAUUAUAAUUUGUUUUUAGUGCGAGGCCCAGGGCCUGGACCCUGCCCGCUCCCUCUUUCAAGAUUGGAACGGACUUGAUCCUCUUACAGAAGAAUGGAACUGUUUUUGCCAUUUUUUUUACUACCUGCCAAAACUUAAAUUCAGUAUUUACUAAUAUGAAAUAUACAUUUUUCCGAAGCACAAUCCCUCUAAAAAAAAUAUCUAAAUACGACCUGUUCGGCAGAUUUUGACAAUUUUCUACGCAAGUACGUACCUAUACUCAUAGGAAUUUGUUAAUUCAUGCGCCCUGUGUAUUCGUUGUUUACACCCGUAGAAAAAGUACUCGAUUACUGCUGAUUUUCGCUGAUGUCAAAUAUUUUACAAAAAAAAAAAUACAAAUACAAAUCCCCUAGUCGGGAAAAUAUUAUCGUUUUGUCCGAAUAAGCCGAAAAUGUAAUGAUAUCGAUAUUGUGACGUUUUAAUAUCACAGGCGACUGACUUGGGUUCAUCAUUUUUCGUUCGGCUGACACGUAACAUUUUUUUACCUACACUUACAUAUUAUUUUAUUCGUCUCGAAUUGUUUCAAUGCAGCAAUAACACUCUCCAGUAAUAUAACGGGCGGGAUCCGUUUCGCCGAAAACACAUUUUAAGUUGGCAAUCAAAUAAGGUUUCGAACAAUCGCAAAACACCACAAUAAAAAAAAAAAAACAAAACGAUUUAAAAACGUAUACAAUAUUAUCUAUACUUGUUGUUGGUUUAUACUACGGUUUUUAAAAUAUAACCACAAUGAUGCGAAACACAAUAUUUAUUAUACGUUCGUCGUCUUCGCGGUCACAUGUAAUAAAUAUCUACCGACGAUCACCGAUAGCAUCUUUGGCUUAGCGUAGACAUUUAGCGGGUAUAAACUUCAUGAAAGAUCUUUCAAAUAAUAAUGUGAAUUCGUAUGUCCUCACCUCUUUGCUUCAUUUUAAGAUUCCCCAGCGCAAUAUUAGGUUAUUCGUUUCCUUUUUAAUUCCACAUUCUGCCACUAACUACGUGUGUAAUGAACCUAUUUGGCGGUUAAUAUCUCCCGCCAAUGCGGGUCUCUCCUUUCUUAUGUCUGUCCAUGAAAUAUAAAAUUUUGUUUCGUGUACCUUUAUUACUUACUUUUACUGUAUAUUUUUUCUUUAAUGUCGUAUAACAUUAAAACUGCUAUGUAUAUUGUACUUUUAAACAAGGGCUACGCCCGUAAAUGUUUAUAUGAAUAAGUAAAUAAUAAUAUUAUAAUAUUCCUAUUCAUCUCGCUAUCGAGAUUCGCUGUCUGGAUAAAUGUGGUCGAUCAACAUUGGUUAGUCGACUAUUAUAAUGAAGAAGUUUCCGCACUGAUAUAUAUUAUCAGUUCAGUGUUUACAAGACGUAGUAGUAGAAGUUAGCAGUUCCCCCCUCCCUCAUCGAAAUCCGAGUUGUGUAUAGUUUUAAAAGUUUUAAAGUUAAGGAACCAUUUAGCUACGAUUCAAACAAAAGUUUAAAGCCCGUUUUGUUUGAACCGUAGCUUAUGUGUUUACGAUAAGUGAGCGAGAUAAAAAACACGGUGAUUUUUAACCGAUACACAUAUAGUUUCACUUCGAAAAAAUCGAGUACAGACGAAAUUCGUUGGCCGUGUAUAAAGCGCACGUGUUCAAAUAAAUUAUAUACGUCAAAUUCUAAAGAGACGAACGAAGGAGACAUUUUAAAUUCCAACAUAAUCAUACAUCAUGCGGUGAUACCGAAGUAAAUCGACCAAUAAUAAUUAGUAAGUGUUCCGUGUAAACGAAAAGCUUCUGAAAAUCUGGACAUACAGCCAAGAAAAAUUGUUUUCAGAAAAUAUUCAACUUAAAAUGAUCAUGAAAUUAGGCGUGAAGCUUUUUCUCUUAUCCCAACUACCAUAAAAGAAACACAUAUGGCUCUAAAUACACCAAAAACCUCUUAUGUUACAAAAAACUAACCAUUUAUAUUGGCGAAUGAUGAAAUCAAAAAUGUUAUCAUUUAUACGAAUGUCGCGUUCCAAUUUUGUGCUCGGUUCAUUGAGCAAAUGUUUUGUAUGUCUAUGAUUUAAAAAAAAUGGUCAUUAUAUAAGUAUUUAUAUAUACUAUAUACCUUAUAGUGGCAGGUGAUCCAUUUAAGUAGGUGCACUCAUAUCUCAUAAAAUAUUAACUUUUUCUGGAAUUUGUUUUCUAGGAAAUUUAAAAAACAAGUAGCUCUACAAUUUUAUAUUUAUGUUAUUUUUUGAGGGUAAAACCACUAUCUACUUUUGAUUUUCAAAAAGCAGGUUAUAUUAAAAAUUCCAUAAAUAGAUGGAGUAUUAGUUAAAAUAAAUUUUAGUGUUGAAAUGUUUGAUUUCUGACGAGAUAUUCCACUUUUACGUUUGGGAUGAAGGAGAGUAGUGGUGCAUUAAUCAUUAUUAACACGCCGCACGCCGUACUGCCUCACAAAUGAUACUCCAUUACUCUCCUCCAACCCAAACUUAAAAGUAGAAUAUCUCAUCAAUGGAUCGACGUGGUGGUUUUACCCUCAAAAAAUAACAUAAAUAUAAAAUUGUAGAGCUGCUUGUUUUUUAAAUUUUCUAGAAAACAAAUUCCAGAAAAAGUUAAUACUUUCCGAAAUAUGAGUGUAUCCACUUGAAUGAAUAACACGGUGUGUAUUAUAUACCGUUAAUAUUAAUUUUACUUCCGGGAAAAAAAAAUGAAACACGCGUUUAACGAAAUAGUAAAUAAAUGUGUAAAUAAAUGAAAAUAUUUCGGAGGACAGUGUUUUUAAUCUUAGAUUAUAUGAACAUUCAACCAAUGAUAAAUGCGCGUGAACCGUUACGCUCGUAUUUUAAUAAAAAAUUGUACUUUGAUUCUCUGUCAAUAAAAAGUUGGUUAAAUACUAUACACACACACACAGGCACACACACACACACACACAAAACGUAUAUCAAUAUUAAUAACGUUGAAAGUACCAAAAACACGAAGGAUCAAUGGCGCAACCAGAGGGGUUUUUUGGGGUUUCUGGACACCCUGUACCCCUACAUCCACGUUUGGGUAAUAUAAAUGUGUUAAAGUAUUAGUGUUUUUUCAAUGUAGACAUAUCACACCUCCCUUCAAAAAAUCGACUUUGUAUAGAUCCGGUGAAAUAUAACCACUAUAGGUAUAUGAGUCUGUAAGAAGCGCUCGUAGAAAUUUAAAAAAUAGUGGUGUGAUAUUUUAAUAUGACAUUUUUAAAUGUACAUAUUAUUAUAUUAAUACAAUAUUUUCGCGCAGACAAGCGUGUAUAAUGUGUAUUGUAGAAAAUUUUCAUAAAAUAAUAGUUUGCGAUGGACGUUUACGACUGUUAUACCUAAACCGUCGGCGACUUAAUUUUAAAAUGACUAAAAUGUGUUUGGGUGAAACGAAAUAAAUAUAAUUAUUAUGUAUUCUCAACCCGGCAUUAUAUUAUUGAACGCGAGACCUAUAUCCGAUUUACGAUCGGUGAUAAUAUUGCCCAUUAAUAUUAUCCGAUAUAAAAUUGAUUUAUACCAAAGUGCAAAGGGCGAACACGUGUAAAGUUCGCAAUAUUGUCACCUAAGAUAUUAACAAUAGAUAACAACACGUCAUACACGUGCGUAGGUAAUAUUAUUAAUCUUAACCAUGUCCGUGUCUCAUUAAAAAUUGAACUCUAACCUUAUCGCGGGGUAAUAUCGUUGCCUGGGCAAGCCGAAAAUUACCUUGGAAAUUAUAGGUACCUGCGAAAUUAAGCAGGUCAACAUUAUUAUUUGAAAUGAAAAUAAUCGGCCCCCGUUUCAAUUAAUCGAUCGAUUAUUGUAAUAAUUAUAGUUGCGUAAAAGUGUAACAUUUUCAAAAUACCCCGCUCUCCUCCACGAACAAAAAUUAUGAGUUAACAUCCGUAACAUCAAAGAGAAUAUCCAUAAAUUUUACUUUUUCACAAAUUAGUACUGUAAUAUAAUAUUUAUUUAUUUCAGUGUUUUUUUUUUUUCACUCAUACGUUAAUAAUUCGAUUUAUUGGCAAGGUAAUAAGUUAGUAAUAAAAAAAAAAAAAAAACGGAUCCGAGCGAAGUACUGUUAAACACGAUUUAAAAUGCCGUAAUUUUCAUGAUUUCCGUCAAAAUUUUAUCAUUAACAUGUAUGGAAAAAAAUAACUAUGUAACGCUCAAAUUUUUUUUUUUACCACUAAGUACAAUCUGUAACUGUAUUAAAUGUUCAAGUUUUUCUGUUUGGUCAAACAGUUUUAUCCGUAUAUAAAAUACAUAGGAACCGAAUAAAAACUAAAAAAAAACGUUGAAAAUGUAAAAUGCCUAUAAAUAACUCAAAAUCAAAAAUGUUACCACGACAGAAAAAACUAAUAUAAGUAUUCUGUGAAAAUAUCGUCUAUCUACAGAUAUUUACCAAAAAAAAAAAAACAAAAUAAAAAACGAGAUCUUAAACUUUAAACUUAAACUACCUUUUAUGUAUACCAACUAAACAAAAUUUACUUUCCGGAAAUAGACUAGAUACUAUUUUGAAAUUCGUACUAAGAUUCCGGUGGAAAAGGUGUUCACAAAUAGAAAAAAAUAUUUAAAAAAAGAUGAACAUACUCCACUCGUGGGUGAGCCCCUGUUGUUGAGAAGGUAGAGAGGAAAUUUAAUGUACGUAACGAUUAAUCAUGCAAAAACGAUUCUGAGCGAAGUACGAUUAAUAGUGUUUUUUUUCAACAAUAUAUAUGUCAUAUUAUGAUAAUAUAAUUACGUUUGCGGUUUAUUUUUCCUUUAAUAGAUAAUAUUUAUUUAAUAUUGUACCUAUUUUCUAAGUUUUUUCCCGGUUUUCCCCGUUUAUUAUGAAAAUAGCUAAAAAAAAAAAAACACCAAAAAUGACUUCCCUAAAGUAUCAGUCCGAUCAAAUUCCCUUUCAGAAAAAGUGUUAUAACUAAUUGAAAAUCGGAGCAAAAUUGCCGAUGGUUAGGUAAGAUUAGUUUAGGUUGCUGACAGAAAAAAAACACCACAUUGUAAAACAAUUACAUUCCUCAUCACUCCGCUCAGAAUCUAAAAGAAGACACACCGUAGUAAAAAUGCAUACUUUGCUAUAAGAAUUCACAAGAAACUAGACCGUUUUUAAAUAAUUAUUUUUUUCUGUAGGCCGCGAUUUCACCGUCCCAGGCGGCGGAAUCGACCGGUUGGCUGAGACUUGGCGACAUGGCCAUCGGCGACGGUAGCGUGUGCGUCACGUCCCUGAUCAAAGACAAGAUACGCGAGUACAUGUUGAACGAGGAACAGCAGACGGACUCCGUGGCGGCCCCGUCCAAAAGCGACGGUACGUGCGUUCGGCGGAUCGGCAAUUCGCUGGACCUGUUGUUGCGGGAGAGCCGGAAAGCCAGCCGCGCCGUGGCCGCGACCGCCACCAAGAACAAAACGUCGCCGUCCGCGGCCACUUCCGACGACCCGUCGACCGCCGUGACCACGGUCAUCAUCAGCGCGCCCGCCGACAGCUCGCGGCCGACCGCCGCUGACGGAUCCCUGUUUCCGCCUCCGCCGCCGCCCACGUACGCCAACCGGUAAGUCGAACGACCCUUACCGGAAAUGCCAUUUUGGUUUUGCGAUUACCGCGCGACCACUCCUCCGUCCCGCAAUUAGUUAAUUUCGCGGCGAUUUAUUUGUUUAUAAUAAUUACGACCGGAAACAGUAAUCGCAUUAAUUUAAAAAACCGCGUCGCCGGGUGUCCGGUGAGAUUUUUUAUAUAGUCAAUUGAAAUCCAGGCCACAUCCGAGUUCCGUUCCAAACGCAAAAUUUGAAUUCAAAGAUAUUUUAUUACUUCCGUUCCGGGUUUUUAAAAUGGAAAUUCCACUCCAUGUAAUUUAUUUAAUUAGACGAGUUCCGUCCCUUUUUUCAUUUUCUACACUUAAUUAAUAUAGUAUAUUAAUACAAUUUACAAUUAAACGAUAACAGUUUUAUAUUUUUAGAAAUAAAGAAUAUAUUGCUUUUAGUUAUCGCACUAAAUAAUCGAAUUUAAAAAUAUUGUAUUAUUUUGAAAUAAAGAUAAUACUAUUUGAUUUUUAAACUUUCCAGUCAUUAUUGGUGUGACUACGUGUUUGGAUUUAUUAUUUUUUAUUGAACUGAUAUAGGUAGUAAUAUUGUAUUUUUUUAGUGUACCUUUUUUUUAUUAGGGACGAAAUUGGUAUACACACUUUUUCCACCGGGAUGGAAUCGGUAUAAAAAAGGUUAUUAUUCGGACGGAACUUGGAUGCAGUCAAAAUCCGAGUUUAAUAGUUAAUUUUUUGAAAUUGUUCGCAUUUUUUUUUUUAUAGUAAGGAAAAACUAACCGUGAAUAACGGUAUAUAACAGUGAUUCUUAACGGAAGCGAUAACAACUUCCCCCGUCGAGGGAUGGUGAAGGGGUACUAAGGGUGUAGGGGCAGUAAACUUAUUUCGGACGGCAGUAGCGACGUAUUUCCACAUAAAAUGCGUAUAAUAUAUUUUGUGCUUCAUUCGUGCAAAUAAAUUAAGUUCUUUUUUAGGUAUUCUUUAAAUUUUAAAUUUGUAUCAAUAAAGGAUACACUUGUAUAAACGUUAAAAAAAAUAUUUACUUUAUCUUUGGAAAUUCCAGUUGUUUUUUUUUUAACAUUUUUCAACUAAGCCGUCCUCCACUUGUUUCCCAUACUCUUAAUUAUCGGGAUUUCACAUAGGCGAGAGGGGGUUUGAGUCUUUUGAUUCUAAAGGAGGCGUUAAAAAGAUCGAGAACUGAAUAUACCAGAAACAUUGGUACACUAUGACAGCAAACAAAAAUUGAAAGUUUGUUGACGCGAAGGCAUAUACGUAGUAAAUUUAAUCGCAACAAAAACACUCCUCCACUAUAAUGAAAAUAUUAUUUUCUUUGAAGUAUAAAAUUGAAGAAAAAAUAAUGACAUACGAUGUAUACGAAUUACAAAAAAUUACAGAAUAUCAACAAAUUUUACAAAACAAAAAAAAAAUAGAAAAUUAAAUGUACGUAUGUUGUUUUGUAUAUGAUAAAAGUGAGAAUAAUAUGCAAAAGUCAUUAACAUCCUAUCUCUAUAAUUAUUACGAUUGCGAUUGUCACUCAUCAUCGCUGUAAUAUGAUAUUGUGCUGUUCUAAAAUUUAUUUCGGAACAUCAGCGAUCAACUGAGACGGACUGCGCAUUACAACGCGGGAGUGGUCCAUUUCACGUGCUCGGAAAAUUACUGAAUUAUAAACAUAAUAAUUCGUUUAAUUUUCGAAGGUCAAUUAUGCGGACAAAAAAUAAUAAUAUCCGACAUCCGUUUUAGAUUCUGAGUGGAGCGAGAAAUGUAUUAGUUUUACAAUGAUGUUUAUUUUCUUUUCUGUGGACAACUUUUCUACCAGCGAUUUUACUCCGAUUUACAAUGAUAGGAAAUUUUCUGAAACAAAAUCUUACUGGGGUGAUACUUUUGUUUGGUCAUUUUUUAGCUUUCCGAAAAUUUUUCUUAACAAAUGUGAGAAACCAAUAAAAAAAAAUGGUUAAUCGUUGCGUACAAAUAUGGAAAAUAUAUGAAAAUAUAUAAUGCAUUUGCAAUUAUUAUUUUACCAUAAUAUAACAUAUAUAUAUAUAUAUUGCUGACAAAGCAACACAAUCAACCAAACUCCACUCAGAAUCGUUUCUUCGUUAGCAAUGGUUAUCGUUGCGUACACAUAUACAUUAAAUUUCCCCUCUACUACCUUCUUGACUUCUCACCUACAACAGUAUCCCACCCACGUGCGAAGUAUGUCCGUCUUUUUAAUAAUUUAGCCUAACCUAAUGUCCCUAAUGUACCUAUGAUUCCAUAAUCGAAAAUUAAUUUUUUACCGACUAUGAGUGUAAUACGGAAAUCUAUGAAAUCAGAAACAGUAUUAUUAUGUAAUAAUAAUGAAUUAAUAUAGGCCAAAAGCAAUUGACGAAAAAGAUUCUUUUUUUUAUCGGUUAUUGCGAGUGUUUAUCUUAUAGGUACAGUGGCACGGCGUUCGGGUCUGGCCUAGACCCGUUACCUUCGGGGCGAUGUUGGUCGGUUAAUUUUAUGAUUACUGGUUUGAGCUUUGGCUAAUGUGUUAGCAGCACAUAAUACAAUAUUGUAUAUAGAUGUACUCAUGUUGUGUUUUUGGAGUACAAAAUGGUACGAAACAAUUGUUUAUUUUUUUAAUUGCGAGAUAGGAUUCUAAUGAUUCUAUAGGCUAUAGCAAUGGUUCUCAAUUUUUCUAGGACCACGACCCAAAUUUUCCCUCGAAAAUCUAUCACGACUCUCAUGAUUUCACUUUUCAAAACAUAGUUUAUGAUACAGCUGUGAAAAUCAAAAAAUAACCUCCUUAAAGUAACAUCCCAUUAAAAUUUACUUUCAGAAAAAGUGCUGUAUUUGAAAAUCGAAGCAAAAUUGCUAGUAGAAAAGUUGUUCACAAAUAAAAAUUUAAAAAAUAAACAUUAUUGUAAAACCAAAACAUACAUUUCUUAGAAACUAUAUGAUUCAAAACAGUUUUUGCGGUCGACCAAAAAUUGACUCGUGACUUAACAGUGGGUCGCGACCAACAGUUUGAGAAACGCCGGGCUAUAGUACUCUAAAAUUGAUAAAUAAGUGCAACAAAUAUGCAAUAAAAAUGACGAAAUAAGUAAAAUAACGAAAUGUUCCAUAGCAACAUUAUGUAAACUUUUGCAUGGGAAGGAGUAUGCUUGGAGUCUAUUAGCCUGGUGAUCAGUUAGGGGUAUGUACAUUUAGAACUAUCAGUUAUACGGCUACCAUUUGAAACCCAAAUUGCCAACUUCUGCUCAAUGUGAACUAAAAAGGAUCCAGCGUGAGUUCGCAUAUGUCACGUAACUUUCGCUAUUAAGAUUCCUCUGGUCUCCCCACGAUUACUCUCCAGCAGACCAUAUAGACAUAGGCCGUUUCUCCAAAUUCCGUUUAAACCGCAACUCCGGUAAGAUAGAUCGUCCUUAUUGUUAACUAUAUCUCUUAUCGACUUUAACAUUCCUUAUUAUUCAACCGGGUCCGGUGCUCUUUUCAAACUACUUCCCUCCUCUACGACGUACCAUCAAAAUUCGACAAUUAUAAGCGUUUUUCGGGGACGCAUUAUUCAUUGCCGAGUCUCUGUAAUUAUAGUACCCUAUGUUAAACGAUUUCUUGUGUAUUUGAUUACACUAAGGAUUUAAAGCUGUUAACGGUACACCGUACACCGUUACUGAAUUUGCGUCAAAUCCAACAUAGAUACUGUUUAUUUUUUUAAUGCGCUAUUUAUUAAAUGAUUUUUAAAUUUAUUAAAACAGUUUAGAGUUAAAUAUCUAUUGUAGCCGUUUAUACAGUAUGUCCAAUGUCCAUAAAUAUGAAAAUGGUUUAGUGAAUAUUUCUUAACCGAUUUAAAAUAUAAUUUUGUUAUCUUGUUAAAUCGAAUCAAAUAUACUUUACCGUAUAGUUUAGUUUUAAUGCAAGGAUUUGUGGGAUAUAAAAAAUAUAAAUCGAGACGUGACUAUUUAAAACAACAGAUAACAAUAAUUAAUCAUACUACCACGGCUUGCGCAACGGCCUGUGUCGAGCUACUGACAAAAGUUCUUAUCACAAACGUUCACACCACCAGCGUUAUCUGUGUAUUUCUCACGAACUAAUGCGGUAUUCCGUAUUAACUAUAUUAUACUGAUAUCGGAUCUAAUAUAUUUAAUUAUUAUUGUUCACACCAGAUCGCACGGCAGAACCGCAAGUUUUUAACAUGACUAUAGACUUUGUUGUCAUUAAAAUUUGUAUAAUAACAGUUCCACGGUCAAAUAUUAUUCCUUGUCGUGCAGCCAUUUAUAUCGAUAUAGUCGUGCGUCCAACGCACAAACUGAUGAAGCGAUUAGGUUUUAAAAACUCGUUUAUAAUAUGUUCAAUGAAACCUAUUAUUAAACGAACUACUUAGGUCGAGCGUUUUAAUUUUGAAAACGGUUUUUGAUGUUUUUAAAUGCUUUUAAAGCAUUUGCACGUCGAUAACAAGUUUUAGUUUCAAAACGAUUUCAUUUCAAACCUUUUCAAUGCCAUCGUAUAACAGUAUUAUAAGGGUGUCCCACAGUGUUAUCCUUAUGCUAAUAACCCUGUCAAUAUUAAUUUUUUUUUCCUUUCGGGUUUUGUGCGAGGGGGACAUAUAUUAUGUAAAGAAAAAUUAAAGUUUAAUUGUCAUCCCUUAAUCAUUAAAAAAAAAACUCAUCCGCCACCCAUAUAAUACAGAAACAUCAUUUUUCAUUUCUAGACAGUUUUUGAGAGCUCAUCCCCAUUUCACAUAGAUAACGCAUAGAUAAUCGACGAACUAACGUUGGAGUCUCAUCUCCUUUAUAGAGUAUAGAGUUUAACUUGAUAAAAUGUGUUUCAUAAAGUGACAGUUUCAUUUUCUUUUGGUCAUCGUAGUUUUUUGUGUUUGUUUAAAAGUAAAAUAAUUUGUUUUGUAAUGUCAGUAAUGUACCUAAGCCUCUCUUACCGGAGGGGGGGGGGGUUUAAAAUGUAUUUGCACACAUUCUUAACAUAGAAAAUUUCUUAAAAAUGUACGUCACAGCUAAUCUAACCUAACCUAACGGAAAUUUUAUAUUUGUAAUAAAUUUUAAAUAGAACAGUUUAGUAGGUAUAUAAAAAAAAAAUCGUUGUUUAAUAUAAUAUAAUAUAAUGCAUGUUAUAAUAAUUUUAAAAUAAAUUAUAUUAUAACACAAAGUCUUACCUCCAGUUUUUCAUACGAGAAACACUUCCAAUUUCGAACUAGAUACUCACUUUAUGUUGAGGUUUACAAAAAUAUUGGAACUGCCUUUAUAAUAUUCAUUUAAAAAUUUCGAAAUUUCAAAAAACAAAAACAAAAAAUUAAUUGAAAAGAAUGUAACCUUUAUUUCUAUAUCAUCCCGUGUUUUCCCAAGUUAUGUUCUAAAAACUACAAGAUAAAUUAAAAAAUUGAGUGUGCAACAACUAGACAAAUAUUCUUGCUAAAAAUAUACUACUUAUAAUUUAUAUUUGGUAGGAAAAAAAAUGUAUCCGUUUUUCCUAUACGUUUCUUCCCAGAGUAUAAUGACUACGAGGAAAAUCAAAAAAUAACUUUCUCAAUGCAUCAACUAAAUCCAAAAAACCUCUUCUCAUUUUUUGAUUUGAAUGUGAUUUCUGGUAUAAGAAAGUUGUUGACAACAAAAUCAUAAACAAAAGCACGCAUUAUAGUAAAACCAAUAUGGUUUCUCGGCUAUGCCCAGAUUCAAAAAUACUUCAAUUAUAAAAUUGUUGAUAUUGUUUCUUGAAAGUAUAGAAUUACUCGUACGCGUAUCGUAUAAGAUAAUAAUAAUUUUAAAUUUAUUUCCAUAAGUUUUAUUUAGUCACGUGCAGAAUAAACACAAAUUACCGCAAUUUAGUCGCUUUUCAGUUUUCACAGUCACGGUUUGAGAGUUUUGUUUACACAAUUUAUUUAUUUUAUCUCAGUAAGUUAUGGCAGUUAUAUGUAACAGUUAAUCAUUAAUAUUUUUAGAUUUUUUCGAUAGGAAAAAUAUUAUACGUAUACUGUACAUUUGAAAUAAUUUGUCAUUCGUCGUAACUCAUUCUAAUAAUACCUAGGUGCACUAUUUAUACAAAAUCUCGAAUUAUACUUUUGUUGGACAUUUUUCUAAUUUAUAACGUUUCAAGUUUGAUUUUAAAUUUAACAAGUUUACUAGUAAGCUAUGCUCAAUGAAAUUCCUCUACACGCUAUGAGAGUUAAAUAUAAUAUUCAUAUAUUAUUUCGUCAGUAUUAAAUGAAAUAGUUUGAUUCACCACUAUAUUACUUGAGUAUUAUUUUUAAUACAAAUAUAUUUUCUAUUCAAAUAUGGACUAAAACGAGAAUUAAAAAGACGGAUAUAUUUCGUGCGAUGGAUGGGCCACUAUUGUAAGUGAAAAGUUUGGAAGAAAGGAUAUAAAAGGAAAUUAGAUAUGUAUCUGUACGCAACGAUUAACUAUUGCUAACAAAAACGAUUCUAAGCUGAGUUUGGUUAUACAUAUUUUAAAAGGCUGUAAAACUUAUGAUUUUCGUCAAAAUUUCGUAUAAAAUAAAUUUGCUCAAUUAUUAAAAAAACUUCAAUUAAAAUCAAAAACUCCUUAAUUUUUCAUUAAUGAGAUUAAAAUUACAAAAACAAUGACUAGUCAUUUUUAUUAGAGUAAUAUUUCGGGUUGAAAACAAAACGUAAGCAUUUAAAAUAAUGAAAUCAUGACGCCGAAAAUUCGGUUAUUCCCAAUUAUUAUUAAAACUACUUGGAAAAUCAAAGAACGACCUCCCUAAAGUACUAACUUGGUAAAAAUUUCUUUUCGGAAAACGUGCUAUACUCGAUACACCGGAGCAAGAUUUCUGGUUGAAACGUGUACACAAUUUUAAAAAAGAAAAUAAAUAAACAUCAUUGUAAAACCUCGCUUCUCCAUUCCUCGCUUCACUCAAAUAAAAAAAAUAACUCUUAUUAUAUUUAUUAAAAACCUAUAAAUGAAUAAGAAUAAAAUUGAACUAUUAUAGCGUGUAAAAUUAUUAUAUUCAACUACAGUUAAUUAUAAUUUUCAAGCCAAUUAACUUAAUAAAUAUCAUUAUAAUACUGUCGUAAAUGUCGAUAAAAAAUAUUAUUAGAUUACUCACCGGCCGGUUUUUCGACAAUAAAAUAUAUUUAUAUAGGUAUAAGCGGUAAUUUUGUCCGUUUUUAUAAUAUGUCUGUAUACGGUUUAGUGUGUGUAGUAUACAUUUUACAUUUUGGUCCGAUUUAGACCAAUUUAACUUUGACCCCGUAUUUUACCUAUUUUAGGGGUUUAAUUUUCAAAAAUUGUUCCUUAGUGGUUCAGUUCGUGAGUAGGUUUCUUAUUUAAUUUAAUCAACAAAAUUCAAUUUUUAAGGUUCCAACUUUGUUUAUUCUUCUCGUAUUUAUUACUUAUACCGAUUCGUAGCCAAUAGCCGACGGAAUCGAUAUGACGUACAAAUAUCCGGUGGGAUUGAUAUCGAAACGGCGGAAUCGAUAAAUCCCCCGUCCCGUUAAACUCUAGUCUCUAGUCAAAGACUUUUCCGCGAAGUCUGCUUUCAGGCAGCCCUGACCAGGUAUGUUGUUGAUUCGCGAGCGGUUACCAACGUGGUUGGACCGUCUUAAAAGGGAAUGUCUUCGGAACACGAGAACUUUUAUUAAUCGACGACGGCUUCGAGAAGCUGCCCAGCGCCCAGGGAUACACUUAGCGGAUACCCGAUCGUUUUAUUGUUAUUCUAUAGUGUUUGUAUUAUUUGGUCGUUUUAGUUUUCAGACUAUUUCAGACUAUAACAUUGUUAUUAUCUACCGAAAAUCCUUUAUGUUUCGUAAAAAUAUCGUUUUCAGAAUACGAAAAUAACUGAUAAACGCGGAAAGGAAAAAAAGCAAGAUGAAGACCGAAAGAUAGGUGGUUAGAAUCCACUGAUCCUCCAUCGGGGCGGGUAACGGGACAUUUUGAUUCGGGGACAAUUUGAUCCGUUUUGAAAAAUAAUUAAAGUGUCAAACCGGAUCAAAAUGUUCUCACCGCUAGAAUAUAAUGAGUAUUUGUCAUUUUUAUAAAAUGGAUCAAAACGUCCUCUUUCCCGGCUUAAAAUGUCACCUUACUCCGGGGCGCGUUCGAAAAUUCAACACGAGGAGUUGAAUUAAUUAAUAUUAUAAUAAUAUAUUACUACAAUCAUUAUUUGCUCACUGGCGAUUGGUUUUUCAUUAAAACGAAAUAAAAUUCUCGGUAGAUGAUGUUAAAAUAUCAAUUAAUUGAGAUUUUAUUUUGGUUGCCGUACACACUGCGGAAUGUUGUGGGCGCGGGGAAAACUAAUUUACUCGUUACUAGCUUACCUGUGAAAACAAGUUCCGCACGGUAGGUUAGCCGUUUAUUCCGAACUAUUCAUUCCGAAUCGUUUUUUGUUUAGCAAUUGUUUAUCGUUGGUUAGAGGUAAAAAUGAAAUAAUUGUAUGUAUCCCAUCUGCCCAACUACCCAUCUACAAGAGUGGCCGUAGGUUUGUCCCCAGUAUCAAAUUGUUUAAUCUAAUGUUAUUUAACAUUAAAUAUAGCAAUUUUUUUAGAAAAUUGUUCAUGAAAAAUCAGUUUAUUUUACUUAAUUACAUAUCUUACCGAUAGAAAAAAAAAGGUUCAAAGUGCUUAUUACAUAAUAAGAACCGAAGAGUUCAAAAAAAAAAAUAAGGGAAUAUUAUUCGAACAAAAAUAUUUAAUGAAUAUUAUGGUUUUUUUUUCGGAUUUUAUGUAGUCACAAUAUAAUUAUAAUAAUUAUAUCUAUGUAAAAUUAUUUGUUUCCAGAUUAAUUACGGUUUUUUUUUAUAAUAUUCAGCACACAUUUCGGAGUUCUUGGAAUUUGAUACAGAGGAAAUUAAAAUAAUAUCUAUCGAUUCAGUCAUAAGUCUUUUUCUUAAAAAAUAAAAACGAAAUCGUUUAUAAUUCACAUUUAUAUUAUACUUGGUGUAUAAUGUAUAUGACGAAAUGUAAAAUCAAUAACAUCAUUAAUAUGUUAGCGUGAUGUCCUUUCAAUUCGCGCGUCGUCAAAAAGACAAAAAAUAUUAAAUUAAAUUAUUUGUAUAACAGAAAAAUGACACCUAUGGGAGCACGUAAAAAACUUUGAUUGAACAAAUUUCAUAACAUACACAUCUGGAACUCAGAUAUGUGUUUUCCAGUUUUUUACGAAAUUCUGGAAUGUAAAAUGUCUAAAUUUAAACGAAAAUAUAGUUUUAUGGGCACUAUAUUGAUACCUAAAAUUCAAACAUUCUACUUUCCAGAUUUUUGCGGCCCAGAAAUGUACAUUCCAGGUUUAUAAAAGUACCCCGUCAUAUUAUAUAAAUGUUAGCCUAAAUCUCAAAUUUCUGAAUUCCAAAAACGAUAUUUUGUGUUUAUGAUAUUUUUGAUUAAAAUAAAUGCAUCCUUUAAAAGCAUGCUGGCUUAGAAAAAAAAAUAUUACUCCGAAAAAGUGCUGACAAAAAUACACAGUAAUCGUUACGUCGGAGAAAAAGUCUUGAUUCGAUAAAAAUAUUUUCAUUAAGCAAGGACUUUGAGACGAAAACGUUUUUUUGUUUCUCCUGGACAGUUGCAGUUUUGAAGUUGGAGGAAAAUUGGGAAUAAGGCCGUUAAUAGGCUAUUAAAAUGUAUGUUGUCUGCCCGCGAAAAAAAACCAAUCGAUUUUCGACCUCGUUGCAGUUCGUCUGGUUACGACCGAUAACUACACGACUGGGAGGCAGAUAGGCGUCUGUAAAUCAGUAUAUAUAUAUAUACAUAUAUAACUAAAAUAGAUCCCAAUAUCGCAUGGAACAUAUUAAAAUACUAGAAAGCAAUAUUAAAUUUGUGGCGUGCAAAAUCGCGAUUAAAACGCAAUCUGACAUUAUAGUGACAUGGUGGACGGUUAGGGUAAUAUUUAAAAAGGGGUAGUUUCGAACCUGCAUUAAUAUAUUAUAAUUCGCUAAAUAAUACAAAAUCUGUCGUCGUGUAUAUUGAACCUAUAGUAAUGAUUUUGUUGGCGAAUAAAAAAAUCCAUAAUAUUUUGGAAAAAUUCAUGGUGAUUUCUUAUCCUCCUUUUACGAAACCGGCUGUCGCAGGUAAAUGUCAUUUACCGAGAUGAAAAUCGAAUUGUUUUUUUAUCAUAAUAUUAUAAAAAAAUGUUUAAUACAAGAUAAGAUCAAAAGUCUGUUUAUACAAAAGUAAAAAAUAAUUGUCGACGCAAACAGAAACUCGAUGACAUCCGAUCAGUAAUAUAAUUUCAUUAAAUUUGAAUAAACGAAAUUGGCAUUGACAUUUCACAACACUGUAUCCGAUGUAAGCCUCCAGAAAUUGAAUUUGUUCUUUACGUUUAUAAAUAUUUAGAAAACAGAUUUGUCAAUAGUUGUAGGUCGUAUUAUAUGUAUAUACAUACGAUAAGUAGAGCGAAUCCCGAAAUGCUUGAAAUUUAAUGGCAUUCGAUGAAAUCGGCAUGUCCUAUCGCGAUUUUAAAAUAACGAUAACGUAUAGAAUAAAUGGAAAUUUGGGUGAUUGGAAACUAUGUUAAUUCAUAGUCAAGAAGUAAUACAUAUUAAAUCUAUCUACUCUAUAUUCUAUAUAGUAUAUACCGGAAUUUCUCCAGUACAUAUUUUGAUAACCAAACUGAUAUUUUGAAGUCAUGUUUGAAAAAUUGGCAUUCGAAAAUACCGUUGUCGUUUUAGAUUUUUAUUGCAUUCUAUUUUCAUUUACCUCCCACCCCAAAGUCAGUGGCUCGACUAAAUUUUAUUGAGAUAAAAUUUCCCUCCCCUCAAAGUCUGGAGACGUCUCUGCAGUAAAUUAGGUAUAAUAUAUUGAUGUUUGAAUUGAAAAUGUGUAAUCGAUUAAAGUAAAUAUUAAAUUUAGGUCGUAGUUAAGGAAACCUCCAAAAAUAUUAAACCACACGUGCAGUUAUACUUAUAAUUCAUAACAUUUUCAAAUUUCGUUUACAAUGAUACCAGUGGACCUUGUGUGUCUAAAGCUACGGAUUUGAAAAUAAAAUUGUAUUGUUCGAUAUUGGUUUUUAAUAGUUGUGUUUUAAACGUUACGUUAGCGGAUGUAAGCACCACUCCCGCUUGGUUCCUCCCCACUGAGCGUCUCUGAUAAAUACCCACUGUAAUAUUAUAUUGUGCAUAGUUUAUAAUAGGUAAUCGCCUAUAAAUGAUUAUCAAAAAAUGCUUUGACUAUGCAUCAUUUAUUGUAUUUAUUUUUUUACGACAAUUAUUAAACUAUAAUCGUCGCAUAAUAAUCGUUAAAUAAAUUAUAAUUCGAAACAAAAACUCGUCUUAAUUAUAUUCGUUUUUUGUCGCGGGAGACUUAUAAUAUCCAUAUUGUUUCUAAUUUGUUAUAAUAUUACAAGGUCAAACGUCGCGUUGCAAAGAUUAUUUAUUAUUUUACCCUUUAAAUAUUACAAAAACGAAUACAAAACCAAUAGGUACAAUAUUAUUUAUUUAAAAGAAGAAUAAAACGGACAGAAGCCCAAUGGUACAAAUGAGAAAAUGUAGAGAUUAUAUAAUACUAAGAGAUAAUAAACUCCAGACUUACUAAAGAUACUGAACUUAAAUAAAAUAAAGUAGUUUUGUAUUACCCACGUGUCACGUAUCAAUAUUUAGGCAUGGGUUUAAAAUUUCCUCUGAAAGUGAAAAACAAAAAUCCGUUUUUGUUAUGAAAGUCUAUUACAUAUUAUAGCCAUAAUCCUCGGAAUCGAGGAGUAUUUCAAAUAAAUUGUGCUGUACAUUGGUAUAUAAAACAAAAAGGUUUAGCGGUUAUUGUAAGCCGGGAAGUUAAAGGGAUACUAAUUAAUAAAUCAAUUUCAACAUUGACUGGUUUAUAAACCAAAGAAAUAUCCGCUAGAUCACGUUUACAAGCAAGAAUUGGAAUAUUUAGAAAGAACCUGACUUGCUUGUAAUCGUGAUUAUUAAUAGGUACCUAUUAAUUAGAUUUAUUAUAAAUUUAAAUGCAAUAAAUUUUAGAAAACAGUUUUGGAAGCGGUCAAUAAAUUGUUGUCCAAUUUUGAAUACGGGCUCCAAAUAAGCGAUCUGUAUUCUAAAAUGAAUCUAAAUAAAGCGCAAUAAAGAAGCUUUAAAUGAUCGCAAAUCAUUAAAAUCCAAAGAGUGACGUAUAACAAAACCUAAUACACUUACAGAUUUUGUUACGACACGCUAAAUGAAACUCCCAAAAAUUUAAAUUGCUUAUUAAAGUUAUUUCUAAGUCUUUAAUCGAAGUAACUAAAUUGAGUUUAAUAUUGUUUAUAAAAUACAUAUGACUUAUAUGACCACGGGAUGUGUAAAAACACAUUGAGUAGCAUUUACUUAAAUUAAGGCUCAUUCCGUAUUUUUGACAUCAGUAUUCGGAUAAGAUGUUUAAUUCCUCUUGUUAUAAAUAGUCGUUUAUUGAUGAAAGUCAAGUGAACAUUUUUAUAUCGUCUACAAAAAAACAGAGCAUGUCAUUUUUUAAGAGCCAAAGAGAUUGCAUUAGUAAAUAAAAUAAAUAAUUUGAAUAAAAUAACUGACAUUGUACUAAAAAAAAAACAAAGUUUCAAACUGAAGUUACUAAACCAAACAUUAGUAGGUCCAAUGCAUUAGUUAAUCUUUUUUUUUAUGAUCGACAAAGUCCUUCUCAAUAUCGGUAUAUAUUACAUUGACUGAUAAUUUUCUUUGAAAGAGUCGAGUAUACAAUUUGUUGUCGAAACAAGUUACAGGUUAGAACUGAUUUUUCUGACCUGAACCCAUGUUAACUGUUGUUUAAUAUUCGCGAUUCCGUCAGACUUUUCACGCUUAUCGCCUUAAAAAAUAUCCAUGUUCGUCCUAAAUAGAAAUACCUGAAACAAAAACGUUAAAUACCAUAUAUCGAUAUCGUAAUCUCUAAAAAAAAACCUUUGAAAUUACUAUAGCGUACGCAAAACGUAAUGAAUAAUAAUAAAUAAUAACAACGUAAUAAUCAAUCGUGUGCCGAUGGUUUUUUUUAUGGACAGUUUGACAUUUUAACGCGCCUAAUAUAUUAUUAUACGAAAAUAACGAAACGGAUAUCGUUAAAUUGUCUAAUGUUAUUAUUAUUAUUAUUAUUAUGCACUUGAAAACGAUAACGAAAAAGACACAGUAGGUCACUUUCGAUUUUAUCAGCAGUUUGUUCGGAACACGAUUAUAAUAUUUGUGUUUUUAUGUCACUGUGGCGUUGAAGUAUUAAUACAUACCAUACACAUAUAAUAUAGUAUAACUACUGAAAAAACACGUUUAAAAUGUUUUAUUUUUUUUUUCAAUUAAAUCGACACGUUUUUGAUCGUAUAAGUCAAAUUGCUCCGUCAUUAUGUAUUAUUUUAUGUGAAUUUCGUAUAUCCAUACGAAAUUAGAAAAAAUAACAAUAUUCCGACAUAAUUGAUAGUGUUUUUCUCAUUUAACAAUCAGUCUAUCAUACUCGUAUAUUCGGUUUAAUACGAUUAAUUUACGGAAUUUCAGUAUAACAGGCCCACGCUGAAUCAAAAAUAAUAAUUAGAGUCGGUAGAGUACUCUACUCGAAAAAAAUAUUACUCGACUUGGAUUUCGAGAUAAAAAUAACUCGCCAACUACAAUAACGAUAUUAUUAUUUCAAUAUCAUAAUAAUCCGACGGAUAUUAUUGACUAGAUAAUACUAUCCAAGUUGUGUAGAUGUGCAUACGACCAGUUGCGUGUUGAACUACGCGUUUAAUACGCUCACCAAAACCUACCUAUUGUCUGUAUUGUUUUUCCAUUUAACUCUUUACAUUCUAUAAUAUUUGGUUAUUACUCAUUACGGUGGCAAUAAUAACACAAUAAACAACUCUAUAUAUUAUCCGUUUUGACGUACUUGUUGAUUCGGAUGGAACCGUGGUUUCUCAAAAACAUUGUUAACACGCCACUGACCAACAUUUGAAAAAAAUACAUAAUAAUAUCUUGUCGUUUCAUUAUAUUAUAAAUAGUCAUAUAACAUCACGACGCAUAAAAUAUUUGUAUUUUUUUUUUUUUAUGUUUUAUAAUAUAUAAAUCAAUUUCAAAUAUUAUCAGCUUAGACAAACAAGUUGUAUAAAAUGGAUUAUUUCAUUUCUUGAGAUUAUAUGAGAUAUUAAGGCCAAAUUAAGCUAAUAUGAGAUAUAAAGCUUUAUUACAGUUUUAGAUUAUGAGCGUAGCGAGGAAUGUAUUGGUUGUAACUUGUAUAUAAUGAUAUUUAUUUAUUUUUGUAUAUAUAUAUAUAUAUAAACUGUAAACAACUUUCCUACCAGAAAUCUUACUCCGAUGUAUCAAAUUUAGUACGUUUUUUGAAAGGAAAUUUUAUCUAGUCGAUACUUUAAACAAGCCAUGUUUUGAUUUUCCAAGUGGUUCUUAUAAUAGUUGAGAAAAACGGGAAAAUUUACAAAAAUAAUGCUUUUAUUAUUUUCAAUUUUGUUUGUUGUAUUCAGGUAAAACAGUUUGUAGGGACUUGAAAUUUGGACUGAAAACGUAUAUUUUCUUUUCCUAGAUAUGGUAAAAUGUGCAAAUUAUUUGAGCCAUUUUUGAGUUAUUUAUAGUCAUUUAAAUGUUGCGAGUUUUUUACGUAGUUUUUAUUCGGUAAAUACUCUGUGGAUUAAAUUGUUAGACUAAACAGAAAGGCUUGACAACUUUAUGGGAAGUUCAUUAUAACUCGUACUUUGUGCGGUUUAAAAAAAAAUUGAGCGUAGUUUAUUAUUAUUAUUUUUUUUUUUUAUAAGUUUUAAUAUCAAAUUUUGACCGAAUUUCACACUUAAUCGUUUUUCGUUAACAACGGUUUGUCGUUACAUAUAGAUGUGCCUCACCCGUCGUACGAAGUAUGUCCGUCUUUUUUAUUUUUUAUCAAAAUUUGAAAAAUUAAAAUACAUUGGUAAUGUUACGCUGAUCAAGGGCUUCUUCUGGUGAUGUUGGUAAUGUGAAUCAUUGCAUUUGUUUAUUAUUAUUAUGUAUGAUAAAUUUACUAUGUUUUUUUUUCCGAACGUGACUUUUCUAACUAAUAUAUAUAUUUAUGUAACUGGGUCAAGGGCCUGACAACGGUUCGGCAGUGGUAAUAAAUAAAAAUUAAUUAAAGGGAUUUGUAUAUGAUAUUGUACAGAACACUGCGAAGGGAAUUUACGAUUUUUUUAGUUUUCUACUAUUCUUCCGAGGACGUAUCGACCGCCUAUUUAUAAAUAUUGUCAUCGAUAGUUUAACGAAUUAUCAUUGUGUUUGGAUUGUGAACACGGCCAAGAGCGUAUUGUUUUUUUUUUUUUUUUUGUUUGCUGCUUGUAAACAACAUUUCUACCGGAAAUCUUGCUCAGAUUUCCAAGCGUAACAUCAUUUCCGAAAGCAAAUCUCGUCUUGUUGGAGUAUUGGUAGGUUUUUUUGAGUUUUCUCCUUAGUAUAGUUUUCAUAGUAGUUAGAAAAACCAUAAGAACAUUUACGGCCAAAACAGUUUCGUUAUUUUUGAUUUGUUUUUUUUUUUUAUAAUUCGGUUUUAAAAUCUUCAAAACAUUCUGGCGGUUUUCGAGUUAUUUACACAGAAAUGUAACAUUCUCGAGAUUUUGUUUAUAGUUUUUAUUCGGAUAUAAAAUCGGUUUAGUCGAACAGAAAAACUAGACAAUUUCACACAAGGUUCAUUAUAAGUUGCAUUUAGUGGUGAAUAUAGUGUAUUUAUAUUAAAUUAUCAAAUUGAUCCAUAUACCUUACCAACUUGUUUUGGUUUGCUUUGCUUAGAAUUGACGUUGUAAAGUGAAGGACACGAAUAAUAUUUUAUGAUCUCGUCCAUCUUACAAACGGUACGACAUAUUAUAAAAAAUUGCAUCCAAGCAGAAUCAAUUUUACAAUUUAAUAUUAGAGCGAUCAGCCUCUAACAUUCUUAACUUUCUAAGCCAGUCUUUUGAAUUUUUAAAUGGCAUAAUAUUACGAGUAUUAUGUGAAAUAUCACAAUAUUUAAAAAUGCUCGCUUAAAAGUUAAAAUAUGGACACAAAUGCCGACGUCCAAAACAUAAAAUAUAAUGUUUUCACUUUUUAUUUUGAUAAUCGGUCAAUUCACAUCGAUAUUAAAACUAACAGCACGAAAUCGGUCCUGCUGAAUGCAAAUUUGUUUUGUCGCCACGUUUGUAUACAAUUUUCGUCCUUUUCAUUUUUCUCUCAUUUUCUUUUUAAAUGUAAAUAUAUUACGUAAUAUAUAAUAAUAAUUAUAUAUAUAUAAUAUAUAAUUAUAUUGCGUGAUAUAUCACGUAACGAAAUUAAUGGUUGUUUAAACACUAUUAAUUUUUAGUCGAACAGAUAUUUAAAGUUUUAUUAGAUAUAAAAUAUAUUAUAUAUAUUUAUAUAAUAAAGAGUACAGAUCUAUAAUAUUAUAAUUACCCAUACUAAAUAACUUGAAAAAAAUGACAUUUUAAUCAAACAAUUUAACAUACCUAAAUAUAUUGAAAGUUUUUUAAUCGUGGUACAUUAUGUCUAUAAAUGAUUUUUGUUUUUGUUUUUUUUUUUUUUUUCAUUGUGAUAUUUCACAUACUCAUCGUAUCUCGCUUAUAAUUUACGUAGACGUAUACGUAGAUAAUACAGUCAAUAAAAUGUUCUUAUUUAAGGUUUUUGUUGAAUUUAAAACACAAAUUCUUCUCCUCUUUAAAUUUUGUUAUUUAUAAAAUUGAACGAGAAAAUUAUUUUCGAGGGCUCUUUUUUUUUUUUGAAAAAUUGUCAUACAGAAAUAUUUUAGCUAUUUAAAGAAUGUUCAAAAACUAAUACAGCUGUAAUUUUUUUUUUCACAAUUUUUUAAAAAAAUCCUACACUUACCUCGAAGCUAUUUGUCUCUUUAAAUUUUGUUAUAAAAUGUGUUUAGACUCCAAUUUCAAUCUAAACGCCACAAUUUAUGUUUUAAGUAGAUAACGUAUUUUUGCUAUGUCUUACGUUAUUAUAAGAUGGAGACAGCAUAUUAUACGGAUAUAACAUUCUCUUAACAUAAUAUUAAAUAAUCAUUUCAAUAAUUUAAAAAAAAAAAAUGAUGUUCAAACAAUAGAAAAUCAUUUGACUCGUAUUCGCUAUAUAAUUACAUAAAGUUUGAUUCGAUUAAAACGGAUGUUUGACAUUAUUAUAAUAAGAAGGGGACGGCGUCCAAGUCAAGGACCUUGUAGCAGCAGCAGCAUAGUGUAUAAUGUUUUUCCUUGAAACAACCGUUUAAAACUAUAUACACUGUAGUACCACCUAUAUAAUAUUAUUGUUUUCGCGCCGUGAAAAUAGACAAUGAUGUCAAAGCUGCAGUUGUUUGACCCGCUUAUAUUUAAAAAUAUCCGGAGACCGAACGCGUUUCUUAAUACACGUUUAACUUUUUCGGAAUACGAUGUGCGCAUACAAUUUUGUCAAUUGUUUAAAACGGUUUUUGGAAUUUAUUUAAUAUGAGUUAGCAUCGGUGGCUCAGCGGUGUUUUCAGUUAUUAUUAAAUCAACGUUAAAGACACUGAGAAAAUUCUCGACCGGCGAACGUUUUAAACGUUUGAUAACAGACAAAUUCUGUAUGUUCGUAUAUCAAUGGUGAGAUUUUGUGACUACACUUUUUUCUCCUUUUGAACUUAACCAAAAUCAAUCAAUGAGGUGCCAUUUUAAAGAACAAGUUCUCAUCUUCCAAUGGGUUGUUAAUUUAGAACUUCGCAAUUUAUUAUUUAUUUAAAAAUCAAAAUUGAAAAUUGAUGUUUAAACCUAGAAUUCUUUCCUUAGGUGAGUCAAUCGGCUUGACUACUCGAUUUUAUUAUAUCGAAUAUCGAUAGGUCGAUUCGGCUUGGCUAUUUGAUUGCGCUACCGAAUACAACGCACGAUUUCUUUAAUAUAUGUCCAAAAAAUAUUUCUUUAAUUCUCUAUAAACGUUGCUUUUGCUACGGUCAUUAACAAAACAAAGAGUCAGACUCUUAAGAGGGCUGGAUUGUACAUGCCUGACCAUGUUAUUUGGAAUGGACACUAGAUAGUUUAUAAUUGACUUUUUCCAGUUGCGGCUCGUGAGGCUUGUAAGUAGUGAGGCUAAUUUUCUGAAAAUAACAUUGGGAGGAGGUGUUGAUAAAUUUACACGGAGAGACGGAGUAAAUAUAUUUAUUGACUUUGGGCCUAAGUAAUCUGCAGUAGGUAAUUAUUAUUUUAAAUUUAAAAAAUACUUAGUACCUCACAUAAACAUAGGCACAUAUUUUUCUGAAACCGAUCAAUGUAUUAUACUGCAUGUUUUAAACGAGAUUCUUUUUAAAAUUUUAAAAAAUGUAAUCUAAUUUACAAUAAACUGUUUCCCUACAAUAUUUAAAUAUUGUUUCAGUUGUAUUACAACUAUAGUGUACAUUUUUAAUAAAUUGAACGGCGACACGCGAAAACAAAAAACUCAAAACAGUUCAGAUGAAUUCGAACAGACCACCACGAACGACGAUUCGAACAAGACAGACAUGUCAAACAAUUAAUGAUACAUUUACAACGGUUGUCGGUUAUCGUUUAAAUCGAUCCCGUCACCCUCCGACCAUAGUACCGAUAUCUUAUGUCAUUUCGUUUUGUGACAAUAAUAACUACAGAUAAUACGUUUUGUUCAUACGCAGAGGUGACGAAAAACGAGCCGCACGACCAGUGACAGAAUUUAACUGGGGGAGGGUGGACCAAGGGGUCUGGACCCCCCAGACACCGAUAUAAUUUUAAUAAAAGGUCAUUAAUUAAUAGAUACAUUUGAAGUACAUAUGAUUUUUUUAGGACCCCUCUACCAGAAAAAUGUUGAAAAUCCACUGCUGCGCACAAUGAUCAUUGCGCGCGCACAAUUCUACUUAUUUAAUAUUCACGUACAUAAGCUUGUGUGUGUUUGUGUGAGUAAUUUAUAUACACACAUACAAAUUCAGAGACGUCGUCGGAUGGUGUCCUUCUGACGUCAUCGGAAUAUUGCCGCCGGCUGUAAUACCCCCGUUUAAAUACGUAAUAAUUAUUUCGUAAAUUUCUAAUCGGUUUAUUGUUGGUAAUCAACAUGGUAUAUAUACUAUAAUAUAAUGAGUAAUUAUUGAUAUUAUUAUACUUAGAAAAGAAGAAUUUUUUUCCCAUGUAAAAUCGUAAAUAGGUAUGUUCAAAAUUACUAACGAAAUAUGUGCUAAUAUUGGCGAACCGAGAAAUAUAUUUUUUCAGUAUUAUUUACUACAAAACUUUAGGUGAAGCUGAACCUAGCAUGCCUCUCUUGACGACUGCGCCACUGACUUUUUCUAGAGCCAAGUGCUUUUCAGAUAUUUUCGUGGCUGUUAAUGAGAUAUUUCGUAAAAAAGUUACUUUCGAUCAUAUUUUUACUACGGAUAUUGUGUGCAAAAAAAGUUUUUUAAUGUACUAAUUCAAGGGCGUCCGGGGAUUAAAAUUCUGAGGGGGGACAGCUUUAAUUUUUAUUAAUGUAAAUAUGUAUUUUCAAAAAAAUGUAAAGGUAUUAUAAUGUAAUAUUAAAUUUUACAAUUAUAUUAACCUAACCUUAUAAUUAUAUUAAUUUAUAUAGGCGAUUUAUUUAGGGUGUCCCAUGAAGAUAUACUCAUUGUAAUAUCUUCGGAAAUAAUAAAAAUAAACAAGUUUUUUGGGUUUUUUUUAUUUUUAUUACUCACUGGGAUAAGGACUACAAAUAUUUAUAUUUCAAUUAAUUUUUUGUUAUGCUUUGAUAUAAAACUUUAAAAAUAACUUUUUAUAUUAUUAUUUGUGAAAAAAAAAAGAAGUUGUAUGCACUCAAUUAGUGUCGUAAUAAUAAUAAUCAAUUAGAGAAUACGAUUAAAGCCUGCUGCAUAAUUGUAGGCACUUUUCUCUGAACUUAAAAAUUAUUAAAAAUCACGAAUCCAAUAAAAAUAAAAAGUUGAUACGUCAAAAUGUUCAGAAGAAUAAACUCUAUAAUUUGGCUAUCUUCAAAUUUUUCAAAAAUAAUCAAAAUAAAGUUAUGUUUUAAAUUUUUUUACCAAAACAUAAAAAGUGUAUUGAAAUAUAAAUAAUUGUAUUCCUUAACCCAGUGAGUAAUAAAAAAUCCAGAAUUUGAUUAUUUUUAUUAUUUCCGGAAAUAUUAUAGUGGGUUAUAUCCAGUCGUAGAACACUCUGUAUACCUGCAUUUACGUAGCUCUGUCUAUCUCCAUUACGGUGCAGUUAUACAACGGCUAUAAAAACAUAAUAAUAUGUAUACAUCGCAGUCAAACGUACACGCAUACAAUAUAUGCGUCAUCCGGGCGUUAUUCGUCGCGAUAAUAUUAUUUUAUAUGUUAUGUAAAAUCUUAAACGGAUACCGCGAACAAUAAUUUGAAGUAUAGGUACCGAAAGUAGCGGAUUUUCGACAUUAUUCUGGGAGGGGUCCUGAACAAUCGUAUGUACAGAGUGGGCUCGAGAAACGGAAAAAUUUGAAAUUUUUAGUGGUAGCACUGAGGAGCUGUUAGAAAGGUGCUAGUGUUAUUGUUAAGUUCAUAAUUACCUGUCAUUUAGUAAACAUGGAUCAGUGGAUCGGUGGGUUGGUUCAUAACGCGCUUUGGCCGUGAAGGAGUAUUACAAAAAUAGCUCAUUUGCAUAUCAACAGAUAUGUUAACAAGCAGAAUUGUAGGUAUUGGGUAUCUCAAAACCCUCGUGAUUUACUUGAACGACCCUUACACAGCCUAAAUGUUACAGUGUGUUGUGCCUUAUCAACGCAUUGUGUAAUUGGGCCUUACCCAAUACCGGCAAUUCUGCUUGUUAGCAUAUCCGUUGAUAUGAAAAUGAGCUAUUUUUGUAAUACUUCUUCACGGCCAAAGCACGUUAUGAACCAAUGUUUACUAAAUGGCAGGUACUUAUGAACUUAACAAUAACACUAUCGUCUUUCUAACAGCUCCUCAGUGCUGCAACUAUAACUUUCAAAUUUGUCCAUUUCUCGGGCCCACCUUGUAUUUAAAAGAUUUAUCUAUCUUAUAAUAGAUGGCUCUUUUUUUACACAAUAUUUUAUUGAAACUAUAUCGGUAUCUGGAGGGGAUCUAAACGCCCUUGAUCCUAACCCCCGUAAAUCCACCACUAUACAUAUCUAAUCGUUUUUUUCUUUGUUCUCUGUACAUCGACUCAGUAUAAAGUUCUGUUCCGGCAAAAUUUGCUUGUUGCCAUUGUAAUUAUUCUAUAGAGCUCGAAAUUAUAAAAAACAGAACAAAUGUACUGUUUAAUUAAGUUUCAUAUUAGUGCGGUAGUAGUAAAAAUUGAGGGAAAACAUUGUAUUUUGGGAAGAAGGGCGAGGAGAAGGAGACGGGUCUGAUCGCCUGCAGGUCGUACAAAAACCAUCAAAAAAUAGGCCUCGGGUAAAGUGGAAAAAAAAACAACAUAAUUUUGUUUUGUUUUAAACGUGGUUUUAAUUGUAAACAAACGUGUGUGUUUGAGCAUUAUUUUAUGUGAACAUAUCGUAUUACAACAGUAUAGUAAAUUAUAAACGGAGUUUUAUCAAAAUUGUUUAAGAAAAAAAGAAAACAACCGAAAAAAAAAAUGUAACUUUUUUAUUCGAAAUUAGUAUAAUAUUGGAAUUCUGUUAACCCAACCGAACGAAUAGGAACACCGUACACACAUACCUAAUAAUAAUAUUAUCGCCGUUCUUCAGAUCAUAAUAUAACGUUAGUUAUUUCAAUAUUUUAAUCGCGCGUUUAACGCGUCAUUUGCGUGUAUCAAACGUUUCGAACACAAGGAGACUUGUCUAAAACGGUUAUAGACGUUUAAAACGCUCCGCUCGGCCCGUACCUAUUCGAAAUGAUUUUCGGACGGCUGCGGCGUUUAGUCGUGACGCCGUAUCCGCUGCGACGCGCGGAAAAUCCGCAGCAUCCAUUGUGCAGGUAAGGUAACCUAACCCGACCCGACCGCGACUCGCAAUGAUAAAUAAUAAUAAUAAUAACAUUACGAACGACGAAAUGCAACGCCGUGUUCGACGAUAAUGUUCGAAAUUGCAUCGGGCGACUAGCAGCAAAAUAUUAUUAUUAUAUAUUACAGUACAUAAGAGCGAUGCGAAAAUAAUCGUUUUCGAGGUCACACGCGACGAAGGCCGAGCCCAGAGCGUCGCAGUCGUCGCAGUCGCAGUCGCCGUCGUCUUUCGGCGUUUCGCAAUUUUACGGCGGCGGCGGCGGCGGCGACGUUUCCGCACUAGAAAAUGAAAUAUUAUUAUGUUCUCGGAGCGCGCGAUCGCGAUUUUUAUUAUUAUUUUUUCGCUAUUUGAUUAAUAAUAAAAAAAACCUAUUGACUACGGCGACUAUUGACUUUGGAACCUUGGACGGACCGGGACGAAAGUCCAUAUUUUCAUCGGGAAAAAUAAACCGCGCGCGCGUGCGAACGAGAGAAUUUACGGUGUAAACUAUUUUAUAUGCUUAUACCUGCGCAGACGCGUUUGUAAUAUCGAAUCGCGUCCGGUUUAAUAUCCCGGUUUCGAGGGGAAGGCGGCGAACGUUGAACCGAAACCCCGGGUCUAAGCCGGUUUCGACUCCCCUGCCGUCGAACGUUUUUUUUUUUUUUUUUUUUUAAUAUAUAUACUAAGGGCGCCAGGAAAAUAUUCGCGAAUCUCGGAGGGGUUCCAAAAUGUUGAAACAACCAGUAAUCUUUCCGGGUGCGAUUUUCCCACUCGGUCGUCUGCGCGUCACAGUAACGCCGCCGGUACGUAUUUCGCGGUAGAAAAAUAUAUUUUUAUGGCUUGGUGCGUGGAGGGCCAAUGUCGAUUUUUCGAGAAAUAAAAAAUAGAAAAAGUGCACAAUUUUUUAUUUUCGUCAUUUACAUUUAAUAAAAUACACACAGCCUUGCGAGGAAUUAAAAUUGCAAAGCCCAUUUCCCAACAAUCGCAAAACGUGACAUUGGCUCUCCUCGCACCAAGCCAUAGAUUUAUUCGCCAACACCGAAAUUUACCGGCAACGCAACUGUAUGCGUACAAUAUAUUACGAUAAUGCAAUAACAAAUUUCGGUCAAUAGGCUGCUGCAGCUGUAUACUCGGAUAAUAAUAAUGUAUAAAGCGACGAAAACCCCGUGGGGUGGAGGGGGAUCAGCAAAUCGCCCGCCCUCCAUCUCCCCUACCGCUCCCCAGAGACCCGUUACCGAGUGCACCGAAUUUACUCGAUGCAGUCGCGGUAAUUUUUUUUCUUUCUUUUCUGUACGCCGUCACGCGCGAGGUCAUCGAGUCGGAAUCCCCGCGCGUGCGACUGUGCGACCGCGGCUAUCGGACCGUUCGGAUUCUGUGUCCGGUGUAAAACGGAAAAUAACACAAUCCGAAUUUUUCGAACGCAGAACGAAUAGUUGGUUGUUUUUUUUUCUUUUUCAUACUGUUUAUCCGAAUAAAAGUAAUCGUUUGUGGGAAAAAUAGUAUUCGAAUGAAAACUAUCGAUAGGUAUUAUAGUUCCAUCCGAAAACUGUCGACGGUUUAAACUAUAGAGAACCCGGAGUAAGACAGUGGCCACCGCGGUGAUGCCGUUUCCGAUUGGUUUCGAAACCACGAACAAUUUCGUCCAAACCAAUAUAUUACCAUCAAUAACAAUAAAUUCUAAAGGUUUUCGAAUCGGUACUACAUACGUGAUAUGCUGUUUAAAUACGUUUUACAGAAACGUCUGCAUGUUCCAAUACCUAUAUUAUGUAUGUAUUUAUUAAGAGGACGUUAUGUCUAUAGGUACCCGAAUUUGUGCGAACACAAUACGCUUACACGCAGGCAGAAUAGAACUCGCUUAAUUCUGGGUUUUUCGUAUCGUGUCUUCCUCUAAACGUAAUACGUUUAAAUGUAAACUACGGAGCAUCUGAAAAAUAAAUUAUUUCAGUUACAUCCAUUUUCUAAUACUGUACUCUAAUUCAGUGUUUAUCAACCUGGGGGUUGCCUACUAAUUAUUUAGGGUUCCCAAAAAUAUAAAUUCGCCAUGUAUAAAAUUUAUAUCUUUAAGGGUUGCUAAAAAAUUGAGUAUUCAUUUAGGGAGUCACGACAGUAAAAAGGUUGGGAAAAACUGCUUUAACUGUUGGCAAUCGUGUUUUGCAACGCAUCUGUUCAAUGUUUUAUUAUUAAAAUUCGAUUAUAAAAACUGCUGGGUAUAUGAAUUAUUAUAAAUACUUGCGAACCGAUAAUUUAUCACGUUUAGCUAACUUAUUAGUUACCCUAAUCAUCUAUUAUAAUAUUAUCUCAAUAGCUGGCAAUAUUAAAACACAAAUAUAGAUAACUGAUAUCUAGAAUUUAGUCCAUGCCGAUAAAAACGAUUGGAAGAAAAAGUGCUCAAUACGGCGCCGUCCUUAGAUGAGGACUAAAAUAGUGUGUCGCUCCUGAAAAUCGGAGUGUGUCUCUUUAAUUAUUACAAACGUGUGCAUGCGGAGUUUUAUAACGUGUACCUAUAUUAGUUUUAAUAGUAGAAAUAACCGUAAUUUGGAACUUCGACAAAAAUGUAUUUUAAUAUUUUUUUUAUCUAAAAUUCAAAUCGAUAACAACUUGAUCGUCGUCUCAAACGUUAUUGCAAAUACCUAAAACAUUAAUCACUGCAGCACGGUCAGUAUUAUAUUAUGAGUUACUCUUGGUCGUUCCUAUACUUGCACAAUAAUUUAAUUUAAUUAUUAAAGAUUUUUUAAAUAUCAAAAUAAAUACGCCAUCAGUAUCAGGAUAUAAUCUACAGGUGGUAGCCGUAUUGCUAGGGUUUAAUGUUUGAAUGAAAAACCACGUUUUGGUAAGUUACACGAGAAAGCCACCGACCGAUAGUGCGGACCCACUUGUGUUUCCACAAACAAAAGCGGACAAAAAGCAAUCGUCUAAUAAUCUCGCUCUAACCAAUAAUUAAUGUUAUUCGUUUUAAAUUGUUUUUUAUUGUAGUGAAAUUGUUCGAACCUUUGCUUUAUUUAUUUCGUGUUGGCAUUCGAACUUUUUUGUUUUGAAAACAAUAAAAAUCUAUAAGGUAUAUAUUAUUAUGGUGUGUAAAAAAAGGUCCAUAGAUGCCCGUAAGAAAUUUAUCAGGGAGGAGCAGUGUGUCUUAGUAAAAAAGUUUCGAAUGAUCUUUUUUUUUUACAUUGAACCCUAAAUAAGAACCUGUCUGAGCUCUUUGAUAAAAUCAAGCACCAACAAAUUAUAGCAAAAUUAUAUUAAUUAUCUAAUUAUUAAAUUUAUAUUUAAAAUUUUGAAGUCCAGGGGGCCCGUCUUGCCCCCAUCUCCGGACAUCCGUGUCUAUGUUCUCUAGGAGUUUUUUGUUUUGCUACGGAAAAUCUAUCGACGCUAUUGAUUGAAUUAAAAAAACGCGUCCCUGGAGAUCGGACACAUUGAUAACAGGUCCGGCGGCCACUCUCUGUGAUUAUAUUAUGUGAGUAAUAGACUCGCUAACUAUUCGAAUGUGCCCGUGUCGCCGGGUCGCGAAUUUUCAAAUAUUUAGUCGGAGAAUAAAACAAAAAAAAAAAAGGACGCGUUGUUGGCGACUCCGAUGCCCAUUUAUACACUUGUGCGAGUGCGCAUAUUACGAGUUUACAUAUUUUAAUAAAAUAUUAUCAAUUUAUAACAAUCGCGCGCUAUUUGUUUUGACAUUUCAACGACGAUAACGGUAAAAUAUCGGAUUCUUUUCUGUCGGCAAUCUGUGCUGCGCGAAAUUUCCGUCUUAUAUAUUAUAUAAAAAUAAUAAAACAAAUUUUUUAAAUAUAAAAACCUACAAUACAGUUGAAUUAUUUAACGCCGAUCUUUGUUUCGUACCGUUACGCACAAUAUCGGAAGACGAAACAUAAAAUAAAGUACUAUAAAAUGUUAUGUCGAUUCGGCGAUAUAAUAUUAUCAGCGUCUGCGGCUAUCGACAUACGAAUAUUCUGCAAUUUUAUUGUACACAAUUAUAAUAAAAAAUAAAAUUACGGACAUACUUCACACGAUGGGUGGGCCGUCAUUGUAAAUGAUUAGUUGUAAAGGUUUAGGGGAAUUCAAUUGUAGAGUGGAAUUCAAGAUGUUUAUCUGUACGCCACGAUUAAUCUUUGCUAACGAAAACCGAUUCUAAGCGGAGUUCAGUUACACAUGUUUUCAGUGGCAUCGGAGAAGGAGGAGCAGAGGGGGCAAUUGACCACCCCCCCCUAUCACAUUAAAAUUAAGAGGUAUACAAUCGUAAAUUACGUUUGAUUUAUACGUUUACGUAUUCAAAAUUGGUGGUCUCUCAUUUUCCCGAAAGUGCGUAAUAAUAAUAUUAUUAUCAUUAUCAAUGCAUAUAAACAUGUUGAGUAAUUUUUGUAGACAUUUUCUGUCGCAGCGCUUUUGCUUUAUCAAAUGAUAUUGGGAAAUUCCCCCAGUCCCGGAUAGUGUUCUCACAACAUACCAUAUUGUUUAUGUAUCAUUAGACUAUUUAUAGGUUUUUACAGUUUACGUCGUUUACGAUUAGGUUCCGAAUGGCGAUUAGUGAUUACUGAUUACGACUAUUAAAUGAGUACGCUGUCGCGCAAUACGGCAUAAAUGUAUAAUCAUUAAUUUGCUUACAGUAACAUUGAUAUUACAUGAUAUAUUCAAUAUUGUACAUUCGUAUAUUGUUACUUUUGAAUAUAACUCCAGGUAUAAAGUAAACAUGUUUUAUGUUUUGUUUCAAUACAUAAAUGUUUCAAUGUAUAAAUAUAAUGUAUUUAUAUUUAUAUUAUUUAUAUCAAUACAUUUAUAUAAUUCUUAUGUUGUAACAUACUACCUAUAUCAACAUUAAAAUAAUAACAUAUUAAGAAAGGUUUUCUAUUAUCAGUCACAAAUAAAUGUAUAAUAGCUGUUAGGUUUUUUAUGAUUUGUCCCCCGCCCCCACUCAUGAAAAGUAGUUCCUGCGCCACUGCAUGUUUUGAAAAACAGUAAUAUUUAUGAUUUGAAAAUAAUACAUUUCGUAAAUUUUCCCGUUUUUCCUAACCUUUUCCGGUUUUUCCCGUUUGUUAUGAAAACAGUACGGGAAAAUCAGAAAAUGAUCGCCCUAAAGUAUACCUACCCAAUCAGAUUUACUUUCAGAAAAAGUGCUAUAAUUGAAAAUCGGAACAAAAUUGCUGAUAGAAAAGUUGUCCACAGAUAAAAAAUAAACAUUAUUGUAUAACCAAUAUACAUUCCUCGCUCCACUCGGAAUCAAAAGUAUGACCACCACUAUAAAUAAUAAAUGUUUAGGUGAUAUUAUUAUGGACCUGUAUACAAUUUUUUUUUAAAUUUUUAAUGUAUUUUAAUGUAACAACGCUGCUUAGUGUAAAGAAAUAUUUGAUAGGUGUUUUUGUUUUUCAUUACAAUUCUCAUGACAUUAUCAAAUACAAUUUUUAAGUUUAAUUCUCGUAAUUUGUAUUUAACAAACAAGCACUUUGAGUAACAAUUUCAAUUAUUUUGGCGGUUAAACAAGUUUUCAUCUACCUACCUAUUUUAAACUUUUAAUGCUAAUAUAAUACGUAUAAUAUACGUACAUGCAUACUUACAUAUUCAUUCAUAGAUUGGAUGUCUAAAAUAAAUCGUACAUUAUGGUGUUCCGUGGUGCUCAAGGUAAGAUGGUUUUCGCAAAUUAAUAGAGCUGCUUUGAUUUACAUAUACAAUAAAUAUUUUUACAAAUAUUAGCCCUCUCUAAACUUUUGGACAAUUUUCGCCAACGGUUAUGUUAAGUUUUAAGCGAGUUACGAGCGAGUGAAUAGUUACGGAUUUAAAACGCUUAAUUAUACAUCGCUUGGAAAUAUUAAAACAACGAAUAACAUAAUACAACAACCGCAAAAAACGGAUCACAAUGUUACUUUCAAAUUUGAUAAUAUGUCGAUGCACUCUGUUUAGGGCCCCCGGUCGAUUAUUAAAACUAUCCUUACAAAGACUCCCUUGCCGAACGAAAAUUGUCUGUGUCGUAUACCAAACGUAUAAGCGGGAGACGAGAAAAUUUGCACGCGUCCUCUAAAUACGAUCCUCUUGACGGCGGUUUUGAAUAACGGCCGUUUUCGAUCGUUCAUUGCGAGGUAAAGAAUUUCUCGGUAAAAAGAAAAAAAAAAAGAAAACAUACCUAAAAAAACCAUACCCGUCGCAUAAUAACAUUACGCGUGCGAAGUAAAUUAUCCGUAGAAAUUCGUGUGUAUAAAUAGAUGGCGAGAACAAUCACACCGUCUUUAAAUAUAGGUAUAGGAACGGAAUAACAUGAUAUUAUUAAUAAAAUACUCGUCACUGUGCGCCCGUAAUUUGUCGGAUUUCAUUGGCGCGUAAAAUCCACUUUUAAAAUAGUUGAGGUUAGAUAAUUGUGUAUAUGUGUAUAUAUAUAUAUAAAUACAGGUGCUCAAUCUGACGUUCGAUACUCAUUAUCUCGAAAAGUAUUACAUUUUUUUUCGGAAUUUGUUUCAUAGAAUAUUUAAGAAGCAUUAAGCGGCUUUACAAUUUUGCAUGUAUGUUAUUUUUUUGUCGCCCAUAUUUUUGGGGAUAAGACCACUAAAUACUUUUGAUUUCCAAAUAGCAACGCGUACCGAAAAUCCCACAAAUAGACGGAGCGUCAGUCAAAAUAAAUUUCGAUGUUUAAAUUAUUGAUUUCCGUCAAUCCGUUGACGAGCUAUUUCUCAUCUGAGUUUUGAUCGGGGUAGAGUAUAAUAGUAGAGCAUCAUUUACGUGGGAGCACGGCACGCGAUAUUUUAAUAGUACAGCACCAAUACUAUUCCAGAAGUUAAUCGGAGGAGAUAAGGGCAGGAUAACAACACAAACUCACAUACUUCGCACAAUGGGUGGGUCACUGUUAUAGGAGAGAAGUUGGAAAUAUAAUGUUUAUCUGUACGCAUAGAUUACACAUCACUAACGAAAAACGACUCCAAACUAGUUCGGUUUUUUUUAAUGUAUUGAAAGGCCGUAAUAUUUACGAUUUAAAAAUAAUACAUUUUGUAAAUUUUUCCGUUUUUCUGACAUUUCUUCCCGAUUUUUCCAUUUAUUAGGAAAAUCCAUUGGAAAAUCGAAAAAUAACCAUCCUAAAGUACCAUCCAGUCAGAUUUCCAGUCUGGAAAAAUUGCUACACCGGAAAAUCGGAACGAAAUUUCUGGUAGAAAAGUUGUUCAGAAAAAAACCAAAAUAUCAUUGUAAAACCAAUGCAUUUCUCGCUCCGCUCAGAAUCUAAAUCACUGAGCGUAAACACGUAUUUUACGAUUUUUUACAUUCGACCGUCGCGAUAAACGCGAUAUAAUAUUACGUAUUAGGCACUUCGGAAUAGUUUAUACCAACGAUAGUUUUCAAUAGUUUGGACGAACUAUCGAAUAUUUCCUUCGCCUUUCGCCAUAAUCGAAUAGUUAGUUUUUAAUGUGUCCAAUAUUUCGGACGGGAUCGACUAUCGAAUUAUUAUUGUCCCGAUAGUUGCAUAGCUGAUUCGGUUGCGCCCAUCACUAAAGCGUAGUUGUUUUCAGAAACAAUAAAAUUCGUGAUUUUCCGAAUUUGCGGUAAACGAGUUGAUGCUUCACGGUUUCGUGCGGAAAUUCUAUACUGAGUGACUGGCACCUGCGUGGGGGUUCGUCCGUUUUCAGAGAACCGAAAUCCACCGACGAUACCGUUGUUUUAUCAAGACCGGUGACUUCAAACGCCCGGUCCGUGUACACGGUAACAACGCGCGGACGGUAUUUAAAAUGGGUUUUUUUUUUUUUUUUUUUUUAAAUUUUUUUCCACGCCGUAGAGCGCAUAAUACCGAAUCGUAUUACGUUUGCGCUUAUCGUGCGGAUUUGCAUACGGACGAAACCUACAAAAUGUGCGUAGGCAGGUAGAGAGAGGAAGAUGCGGCGGAGACGCGUCGUUGUAAUACGGACACACGCGAGCCGUGCGGCUUAAUCUAUUAUAAUAAUGUUACAUUGUAAUAUACGGUCACUCGUUUCGUUUUCUCGAAAGUAAAAAAAAUAUCUUCUAUUCGCGGUAUGACGACGAUUAUGAUGUUGUCGAAUACAAAAAAAAAAAAAAACUGCACAAUUAUUUAUAUAAAAAUUACGCUUAUCGGACGAGUUUUUUUGUUUGUUUUUUUUUUUUUUUUUCCCCGUCGCCCCAAAAUAAUAACAAGCCGAGUGUCCGUCCGUCCACGUUCGUUUUGUGACAUUACAUUUUAGCAUAACACUGCGACGCAUGCCUAUUGUUGCAUUGUUCGCGCGUAUUGGGCAAAACUGGGCUGUGAAAUGGCGAACGCGAACGCGAAAAAUGUACUCGCACGGUGUCCGUCGGCUGUCCCCCGACGUCGAAGAGGGCGCGUGGAAUUUCGGCGAGAAAAAAAAAAAAAAAACCGUCGCCCGCGCGUACUUGCCCGAAACACGAUUUUCGCAGAAUAAAACUUGACGGCUGCCGCCGCGGUCCAUUGUCCACUGCGGGUGACCACCUGCUCGGCUAAUUUUACGUCCAAGGCCGACGAUCCGUUGGGAUUUCGAUUCAUUCUUUCGGACGGCGCGGCGUUUCCAGUAGCGCGCGCGGACGUUGAAAACAUCGCGACCGCGAACCACCGCGUAAUAUUUUCUAUCAUAGCCACACACAAAUAUUACGACGACCGGAACACGAACCGGACGGCAAUCUCCGCGUUUCGACCGUUGGAUGUUUUGCGGUCCGUGGACGUUUCGACCGGAAUCCAUUUGUUCAUUUUUUUCAUCUAGGUUCGAAACCCAUAAUAGACAUAAAUACUCUGUAUUUACGACGUCUGUAGACUAAGCCCUAACACUCGGCCCGGAGAGUCCGUAAUCGCGGAGACAUGAUGCACGAGAGAAAAACAAAAAUAAGUGAAUCUAGGUCGAAUCUAGGGCGUGCAGGGCUUAGCCUAUACAGAUUUUGCGGACAUUGAGUAUUUAUACCUACUAUGAGUUUCCGAUUUAGGUAAAAAAAUAUCCAAAUUUAAAAACAGUUUUCGUAAUUAAAUACAAACAUAAUGAAACUCAAAUAAUUUUAAUGUAAAAUAAAAUCUAAGUUAAUAUGUUGAAUAAUUCAAUUACGUAGAUUAGUAUAUAACAAUCACUAUAGUUGGUUUCUAAUAAAAAGAUAAGAUUUAUCAUUUGAGCGUUUUCCAAUAACAAUUAGCUCAAAUGUUAAAUCAUCUUUAAUAACGCAAGAAUAGAAAAAAAAUGUUUUAGACCAGUAAUUACAAACUAUUUAACUAACUUUCUAAUAAAUGUACAAGUAUUUCUGUUUGAUCUAACAAUUUUAUCCACAGAGUAUCAUCGAAUAAAAAUUUCGUAUAAAACUUGCUAAAUUGCUCAAAAAUGGCUCAUAUGUUUAGAAAAUGUUAUCAAGUCUAGAAAAGAUAUUAGAUAUAAUAAGAUAUUAGUUUUCUUUUUAAAUUUCAAGUCUCUACGAACAUUAUGAACUGAAUUACAACAGAAAAAAUAGAAAAUUGAAAAUAAAAACAAUAUUUUCGUUUUUUCCUAAUUAUUAUGAAAACUGUUUGGAUGAUCUGUUAGUUCAAAGUACCAAUUAGAUAAAAAUUUCCUUUCAGUAAACGUACUUGGUGCAUUGUAGUGAGAUUGUUAGUGGAAAAAUUGUUCGAAGCAUAUAAAAAAAAAAAAAUCAAUUAACUAAUAAACAUUGUAAAACCAAUACAUUCCUCGCUUCUCUAAGAAUCUAAAAAUAUACAGUCAAUAUUAGCCACAGCAAUAAUAACAAUACCUAAUCAAAUCACAAAUAUGAUUACAGCUUGCUGCAUAAUUAAUUGGAAUAAUAAUCAAUACGACAUAAUAAUAAUUAUUAUUAUGACUGAUAUUGACAGUACGUUUUAUUUCUCUGAAUUUUAAAAAAUCGAAACGUGAAAAUGUUCGGUAGAAUCUAUGACUGGAAAAUGGCUAUUUACAAAAUUGUCGAAAAUAAUAUAAUAAAAAGUCACUGUUCACCAAAAUAUAAUUAAAAAUGUAAAUAUUUGUAGCCCUUAUCCUUGUGAGUAUUAUGUUGAAAAAAAAAACAGAAAUUGAUUAUCUCCGGAUAUAUAUUACAAUACGGGUAUCCGGUAUAUUUUCGCGGAACAUUUUGUACAAUAAAAAAAGUACAGUUAAUUCCAUCGCCCUAAACCCGACCGGUGAGAAAACAAAAUGCUGGAGUUGGUGACGAGGCCCGUUAAAAAAAAAAAAAGGAUCCAGACUUCGACGAAUUUUCCUCUCGGAGCCCGCACACUGUGUGCAGAUGGGCCUAAUUUCCCUGUGGGCUCCUCCGACGGGUACCACUGACUGCCCUUGGUAGUGAUGGGCACGAUUUGAACGGACGGCGUCGAACCGUCGGUGUCAGCCGAAUACUAUGAAAUACGCGGGCUGAUAAGUGAAUAAAAGGCCGUCGGCGUCUUUCGCGUAGGGCAGUGUUUCUCAACCUUUUCAACUGUCGCGAUUUUUUUAGCGACCCCUGAAUAUACUUUCGAUACGUGACAACCCGGUAUUAUAUAUUUUUGGCGAGUCUCAAAUGGAUCGCGCUCCCCAGUUUGAGAAGCAUCGGUGUAGAGGGCCUUUUUUUUGAAAUUUCGCCGCGUCAACGUGGGGCCAACGUAUACUGUCGCGUCAUUCGCGGUAUUAAUAAUAAUAAUAAUAUCAUGCGGUUCGCGUGUCGAAAUCGUGUUACAAUAAUGGCAGGUAAACGUCGUUUCGCAACUUCUGUGCACACGCCGACUGUCGUUUGUUUACGGUCGGGGAAAAAAAAAAAUGCCAAAAAAACAAAAAGGUCUGUCGCUAAACAACAACUGCGGUCAUCGCCUAUCCCCCCAUCCGCACCCUCCUCCGGCCGACCGUUUCGUUCGCGCGCAAAACAACGGCGCGGAGGACGCGUCGCAUUGGAACGUGUGGCGCAUUAAUCGUAAACAAAAUACGAUAUUAUUGCGCUUUCGUUUCGGUCGGAAGUGCGCAAGCGCCGCGGUAUUCCGAAAAACCGUCUGAUACGGGCGCGCAUUACGACGACGACGACGACGACGACCUGUUGUGAGAAUUCCAUGCGUAUUAUUUAUUUUUUUUUUCCCAACAACACGGGCGCGCGUUUUCGCGGGAAAAAAGUUCGUAUAGUUUCCGAAUAUAUUAUAACGUGUAGACAGCGCAUAGCGUGUAGCCGCGGCGGCGGCGUAGCCACAGAUUUAUCAAUAUUGGUGGGGGGAAGGGGGUUAGAGGCGUACUACUUUCAUAACAUCUUACCCAUAGCUGCGAGAAAAAAAUAAAAAAGGCGACCCCUUGGAUGCGCCACCGAGUAUAUAACGGUAUAUUACACGUACGUCGUAUUACGGAACCCGUUUCCCUCCCCCCCCCCGAAUCGUUACCGAACUUCGUGUCCGUCCUCGGAGAAGCCGUAUCCCGACGAAAGCCCAUUUGAAUAAUCGCAUCGGUGAUUGGACGCCGCCGUCGUCCGUGGACGCAAACUGACCCGACCAACGUAGACGAAAUUUCGGACAAACUUGAAAACAGUUCUCGACAAUUCACGCUAAAUAAAGAUUUAUCGUUAUUUCAACGUUCGAAUGUAAUAACUAAUAACCUAUAUUUAUGGGAGAGAGGGGUGGUGGGGCAAAUGCUCCGUUCCGUCCCGACGCGCGGACGCUCACGAAUCUAACCUGACAAUACAGCUAUGGGUCGUCCGUCAUAUUUUGUACUUGACAUAUUAUUAGCAGUGGCGCGAAUUAGAUCAUAAACCUCGGGGGGAUCGGUACUCGAGUCCUGCCAUCAUACGAAAUGCGAUUUACGGGGCUCUGUCUCUGGAUCGGAGGGAUGGGCGGGGGGACUUCAGAGGCCCAAGUACCCUAACCUCCCUCCCGAAUCGAACCACUGUCGUGUAAUAUAGAAGCUUGGAGGCCCGUGUUCUCUGUCAAAAACAUUGGUGAAAAAAAAACCGUAUACAAAUAUCGCACGUUUUGCAGAGUCGCUGCAAUGGGGAUUUUUUCAGGAGAAAUUAUGAGGGUUACAGGCCUCCGAAAAACCCGGAUCCGAUCGUGAAUACGGGCUCAAAGCUACGGGGCUCAAUACUCGACCGUCGCGACAUCACAGCGACAACGUUCAUGAUCAUCGGCUGCGAAUGCGAACGCGUUUUUUCGGACAUUCUUCAAACAUAAUCCGCGUACGGACGGUCGUUGAGAACGGAUUGCGUCGAGACGAACGACGGGCGCGCUCAAAGGCUGCCGUUUCGUGCCGUGUUCGUACCGCCGCGGUGUAUACAAUUUUUAUUGGGUACCGCGGUAACGAUGGCUACGCGGCGCGCGCGGUAUACGGCCUAUUGUUUGCGACGUGGUGUAUGCGGUACGCCGCGAAGUGGUGUCGCGCGCCCAAGGUCGACACGAGCGGAUCGCGGGGCCGGGGAAAAAAGCGCGUUCUGCCGGACGGACGGGCCCGGCAUCGUGUCCUUGCUUUGCCCUUCGCGCAGAGAGCGCGUACACACGCGCAACGUCGCGCGACCGACCGUUCGGCGACGCCGCGAUAUUAUUCAUGUACCUACUCCUGUCCGUCCGUCGAACCGGUGCGAAACGCGUUUUCGGACUGCCGACCGCCGGGUCCCGUGGGACGUUCGCGGACACCGUCGGCACGGUAUCGUGUAGCGCGCGCGAACACGAGGAAUAACCGCUCCGCGCCUCCACGGGCAAAGGUCUAGCGACUCCGCGAACGCGUUAUCUGACCGGCGGCGCCGCGUCCGUACGGUAAUAUCGGUCCGCGAAGUUAGCAAGCCUGCGGUUCACGACGGUAUUAUCUCCGUGUUAUCACUCCGUCCCGCUCGCUCUCUUGUUACGUCGACCGCUCACCGUCUCUCUCUCGUCGCCUGUCCAACUCCCUCCGUCGGCGCCCGGUGUAGCCUUGAGCCACCGCCGCCGACCCCGUCCCUACGGUCCGAUCGCUGUGUACGCGAUUUCUACGGACCAAUCGUAUCGUUUGUGUCGUCGUGUCGGUCCGCUCUCGCGAGUAGGGUGCCGUUUUUCUUUCUUUUUUUUUUUCUCUGUCUUCGCACUACCGCACGUAGUCCCACUCUCACCGUAACCUAACUGUUAAGCCGUAUUCGCCACUCACUGCGUUUUUUUUUUUCUAUUUACUUAUUCCGUGUAUUUCAGCCUUCACCGCCGCCGCCGUCAAUCAGUCGUAAUCUAUCGCCGCGCUCGUCCCGUCCGUCGUUCGCCGCGCGAAAAAUUUACGCCGUGAUAAUAUUGUCAUUGUGGUUGUUAUUGUUGUUGUUGUGGUCGUGGUGUUGUUGUUGUUGUUGUUGUUGUUGAUACCGUGUCAUGUCGUACGAGCGCGUCGGCGUUUUUCGUCGCGUAUUCGUUUCGAGCGUGCGACCGUGACAGCGACUGCUUGUACGACGGCGACGACUACUACGACGACGACGACGUCUAAGUAGGACAGACCGCGCGCGCACGCCGCCGCCCGCCCGCCCGCCAGGCACCGGGACACGCCGAGGUAAAUGAACUGUGUGUGUGUGCUCGCGAGCCGCGUCGUCGAACGGGAAACUGGACCGCAGCGAUGAAUUCAUUACGUUCUCCGCGUCGAGUUGCGUCGCGACCCGCCGCGUAGUUUGGACCCUUUCACGAGAGUGUUCCGUAGCCACCUUUUCCCCUUCGUUUUCGAUAUUAUCCGGUAAUUCCGUCGGCGGACCAUCACCGCCAUCCGGACCAGGUUCGUCGGGACGCCCGGGUAAGAGACGCCGAGAACCACCGCCGCCGUGGUGUUAACCGUCCGAACGAUCGAUUGCCGGCGUCGUCGACGCGGUAGGUACGUGUAAAAAUAGCAAUAAUUUUCCAUAGUAAACGCGUCGAAUUUUCCCGCAGCCGGUACGAGAUACGAUUACUUCCGAACAAUCGAUUUCGAUACGCGGUUUCGAAUACGAGUAGGUGUAGGUAGGUACCCGAAUCGUGUAACGCGAUAAGUUUACCGCAUUCCUGGUGCCGAGUGGACGGUUAUCGUUUCGGAAGACGGCGGGCGCAUUCCGAUUGUAAUUUUGGAGGGAAGGUCACGGGCAGCGCUAAAAUCAAUAUAAAUUAUUUAUAAUUCUUAACGACAUUCUCCGUCUAUAUAGUCUUGUCGAUAAACCCGCGUUAAUAUUACGUUCGUCUUGUUUUUGUUUUCAGUUAUCGGAUUCCAGAAGACGAAAUGCAAAUUAGUCGCAUGCCGAUUCCGGCGGAUAAUUGCUCAAACUCCGAGAUCAUGUCUGCGGACGCGACCAAUACCUCGGACUCGAAAUCAUCCGAUGUGGAAACUACGACCAAAAUGAACGGCGACAGUCACAAAAAACUAAACGGCACCGCCGUCGUUGAGAGUUCUAACGACACCAAUGAAAUCAACGAAACUUCCGAAGUCGCAGUUAAAGAAGGAAAUAUAAAAUCAUCCGAAAUAAAAGAACCCGAAUCGAACCCGGAAUCUUCCCAAAGUGUUGACGAACCCCCGAAAAACGGCGCUUCUUCGGAGGAAGAACAACGUGAAUGCGACGGAAAUGCUGAAAAUACGGAUCAAGUGGAAACUUCGUUGUCAACUACAACUGUAGAUGAUAAACCGAAAGACAGCCCCAACAAAGUUGAAGAAGCAAAGCCGAAAAUCGAUCAAAAUCAAGCGAACGAAGUGGUAGUUAUUAAGCAAGAAAAUCAACUGAACGAAGUGGUUGUUAUUAAGCUAGAACCAGAAACAGAAGUAUACAAUCCCGAAACUGCUGUAGGUGUAGAAAUGGAAAAACUUCAAAAUUCUGUUCACAACGGAGAAGUAAGUCAUAGCGAUGAAGUAAUCAAAAACGGAGAAGAAAAAUCAAUUCCGGUGAAUGGUCGUGUAAAAGUCGAAGUGGAUAAAGUAAUUGAAUCUGAAAAAGAAAAAAAUAUUCAAAAAGUCCCAGAAGAAGAAGAUAUGUCCAGCGAGAUGAGUACAGAUGCACUUUCACCUAAACAGGUACCUAAAUACUGAAUUUAAAAUUCCAUACCUUAUUUUUUUAUAUUGUUAUGCUAUACUUACUUAGCAUUGCUUGUGUUUAUAGAUUGAUGAACCUGUUGCUCGUAAGAGGUCAGCUGCUAGUCACGAUGAACUCAGUGUUGUGAGCGGAGCAAGUAGUGAUAACGAUUUACCAAAAACGAAAAAAUUGCGAUCUGAUGAAGAUGUGCCUUUAAUCAAAGAUGACACUCGGGAACGAUUGAUCAAGAAUAUUGUGCAUUCAAGUGGUAAAAACGAAGUUGAGUUGUCCAGAAACAUUGAGAAAAUACAAAACGAAAUUAAAGUGAUCACUGAAAUAGCUCAGACUAAACGCGACGAGCUGGUUACACUCAUUAGAUUACAAAAGCUCAAAGAAGAAAUUAUCGAGCGACUUAUGAUUAAAGUCAAAGAAUUAGAUGCUAUGAAAACAGACAAUAGUAAAGAUUGGAAUUUGCCUGAAAUGUUCCAAAUAAAUUUAAGCAGAAAUUUAAGUCAAUCCGAACAUAUUUUAAAUGAAAAGGUAAUACCUAUAUUAUUUAUUUAUAUUUUGGUUUUAUUUAAUGUUUAAUUGAUCUUUUCUUGUAGAAUGUAUUGGACAUCAUAGACAACCGUGACAAUCUAAUAGAAAAGUCUAUGACUACAAGUUACGAACAGAAUAACUAUGCUGCACCAUCGUCUAGCACUAGUAUCACACCAGUGGUACACCACACUGCAAUGAAUGCACAUUCAAAUGAUUGGAUAAUGGCGGAUAGGGCAAACCGUACAAACCAAAGAGUUCAAAGAGUGAUUUUGCCCAAACCAAGUGCAGCUGUCAACAAUCAAAAAGAAGGUCGUCAAGGUCCUAUAUUAGAUGUUAAGCUUAUCAUUGCUGACCAUCGAUCAAAAAAUCCUGAAACUGCUGUGCCCAAAAGAGGUCGCCGCAAGGCCCCUGUUAACGAUUUUUCUGCACCCACGUCUUCGACUCAAAUGAGAUAUCCAAAUCCGAUGAGUUUCAACAAUCCAAUUCAUCAUGCUAAUGAUGGAAAUUUUAAAACGAGUAAGAUAAAAAUGUAUUAUUAAGUAAUUUAUCAAUAGGCACCUUCCUUUUUAUCAUCAGCUAUAAGAAUUAAAUGGCAAAUUAUUGUGUUUCACAUUCAGCUGUCACAAACAGCCAUGGAGUUCCAAACAAUGUUUUGGAACACGGGUCUGACCAUAAUCGUUUUAAAGAUGUUCCUGCUUUUCCAGAAGUUACAUUGCAUCCAGUGUCGCAGCCAAUGCAACAGCAACUACAGCAACCGACUUCGCUGCUACACGGUAAAUGUUUUAAUUCAAAUACAAUAUUGGGUAAUGUAACAUUGAUAUAUUUUAUAUUAUUUUAUUUAAUACUAGUUUUUAUGACGUAUAAAAUAUUUUCUAAAUAAUGAAAAUAAUACAAUUCUGAAACAUACAUUUUAAGCAAGCAUAACAAAAUAAUAUUUUUUAUAAAAGUGAAUAGGUUGAUAAUUUUAUAUAAAUAUUUUACGGCAAAUUUAAUUAGAUUUCAAUGAAGAAUCAAACCAAAUUUAAUUUUGUGUUUAGAUAAUAUCAAUACGUCCAAUUUAUUAUAAAGAAGUUUUCGAGGAAUUUAAACAAAUUUAAAAAUUAUUAUUAAAAAUAACACAAGUUGUUUAAUAAUAAUGUUAAUUAAAACUUAAAAUGGACAUCUCUAUUUUUAUAAUUUCAUUACUAAGAUAAAUGUAAGUAUUUAUAAUUAAUUUUGUUUAGGUAUUUUAACAAAAGGCACACAUCAUUUACCACUGAGUAUGUCAAAUCCUCCGACUAAUUAUUCGCCGACAUUAGCAAGACUUUUAACUGCUCCAGAGCGUUGCAAGCAACCCAGAGGAAAGCAACGACAACCACCUGCAGCUACAGUUGUGUCUUCUAAUACGGUAUAUAUUUAUUCCAGUAUUCGUGGGAAAAAAACCAAUUAUUAAAUUACAUUCAUUUUAAAAAAAUUCUUUCUUCAUAAAUGCGUAUCAUUUUUAAGGACUAGUAAAUUUGAAUGGUUUAAUGUAUGUUGAAAUAUGAAUAGGACAUUUAAAUUACCUUUUUUGGGAUAUAAUUAAAAAAAAAAAAAUAGUAAUGUUAUAUAAGUAAUAAAAUGUUGAGUCAAUGUAUAAAAUAAAUUUACUUACAGUUCUUCUGGUUAUUUAGUAGUCAGUUGUAAUUGUGAUACUUGUUUAGAACAAAAAGAAAUAUGAAUCUAUUUUUUAUUUUGUUUUAUAACUCACCUGGCAUGCGCUUCAAAUGUUUAUGAACGUGAAUGCAUUCAUUGUGAAAAAAGUGAAUAAAUUUGAUUGAAACGCAUUACUUUUUAAAAUAUAUUUUAAAAACGCUGAUUUAUUUCACUUUAUUCAAAUGUGAUAGACAUUUAAAGUCAUCAACUUUUAACUUUUUCUCUUUUAAAAACAUCCUUUAACAAUAAUUUAAAUUUGUAUAUCAUAAUAAACUUGAUUAAAUUAAAUAACUACAUAUUAAGUUAUAAUUUAUAACUCAUCUAAAUUAGAAUAUCUUAAUUAUCUUACAAAAAAAAUAUAUAUAUGUCUAUAUAUAAUAUAUAAAUAAAUUUAUAUAUAACAUAUUAACAUAUGUUAUUUAAAAUAAUUUUUGUUAAAGGUGUCCUUCUUUUGUCUGUAUGUGUCUGUUAUUCAGAAUUUUUAAUCAGGUAGUUUGGAAGUUAGAUAGUGGGCAAUAUUAUUUUAAACUUUUAGGAGCGUAUAUGUCACGAAAUAUUAAUUUGUAUAAAAAGUAUCCCAUUAGAAUAUUUAUUACUUUAUAAAAUACCUUUACAAUAGUAGGGUAGUAAAGACUUGAAAAAUAAAAUCUUUAUCCAUCAAUUUUAUGUAAAAUAUAUUUAUUUUUAUUUUCUGGUUAUACAAACAUAUGGCCAUUUACAUAUGAAACCUUUAGAAUUCCAUUAAAAUUUAUAAAUGACAAAUUAUGGAUACAUGGAUGGACAUUAUAAAAAUAUAAGGAUUCUGUUUUUGUCUUUUUCACUACAGAACCUUAAACAUAAUUUUGACUAAGAUUUUAUUUUUAAAAAUAGUAAAAAUUGUAUAAUAAUUAAUGGAAACUCAUUUGCUAUUCAUAGUAAAUUUUCGAUGCUCAUAAAUAUCACUAUUAAUCUUUUUUUUUCUAUUUAACAUUUAUAUAUAUAAAUAAAUAAUGAAUGAAUACUCUAUUAAUAAUUAAUAUUUUUAUUGUGCCCAUUGUGUUUGAUAAACAUUAGUUUCAUUUUAGAUUACUUAUUUGUAUUUAUUUAAGACGGUUUAAUCGACAUAGUGUAAUAAUUUUAUCUACAUGGUGUCUUAUCUUGUUUUUCCAAUGCUAUCUUUGUGAAUAUUCAAUUUUAAUUUUUUAAUUUUAUCAAUUUAUUCCAUAUCGGCGGACUUCAUUCCAAUUUUAUUAUAUGUUCUGCUGAAGCAAGUACAAAAACUUAUAAAUUACAUUUUUAUUUUAAAUACUUAAACACUAGAAAAAAUAACUUCAACAUUUUCAAAAUAGCCACUACUUUGUAAUAAAUAUUGUUUUAAUUAUUUUAAUCUAACAUACACAAAUCCAAUGAAUAAUAUUUUAGUAAUAGGAAAAAUUAUAUUGAAUAGGUUACUGCUACAUUGUGUAACACUAUGAUAAGAACAAUUUAUUAAACAAUUAACAACUCCCCUUCUCUAGAAAUUGAAAUAGUUAUGAUAUAUUUAGUAAUUUUUUUAAAAUAAUAUCUAAUACAAAGUGACUAUUAUUAUGAAAGAAAACAAAGUAAUUUUUUUUUUAUUGAUUAACGGGUGAAAAUAUGUCUCUGACAAAAAGUUUGAAAAAAAUAGACGAAUUGUGUAUAGCAUCGAGAGACACCAUGCCACGCUGUAUAAUAUGAAGAAUUUUAUUUUGAAAUUGUUGAUUCAAUGAUAAAACUUAUAGUAUUCCAAACUAAAUAGUAUAUUUAAUACAGUUGAAAGGGCGUGAUAACCACUAGUAUUUUCUCUGUCUUACAAACGUAAAACAUAGCAAAUUUACUUUUAGCAGGGACAACAUUAUGGCGUUAGUUUAGAUAUUAGAGUAAAUUCACUAAUUAUCAAAGAUGAAAACAUCUGUGCAACAUCCUUACUAUUUUUCAAUUUUUAGGAAACAUGAGUAUGUGAAAUAUCAUAUUUUAAUAACUUUAAUCUCUCUUAAAAAUUUAAAUGUUUAAAGAAAAAUACAAUUUCGCAAUUAGUGUUUUUAUCUUUAAAUUUAUUAAUAGGUUAUUUCACUGUAAUAUUACGAAUAAUAGCCCAAAGUUGUCGGCUAAUUGUAAAUUUGCUAUGUAAUAAAUUUUGUAAGAUGGAUAUAGCACGUCUUGCGGUUGCAUGUUCUCUUAAGAUUAAUAAUAAUAUUGGUUAAUUUUAAUAAUGUGUCAGUAUUUAUUUACCAUUAAAAUGGUUUAUUUAUUUAUUCUUUUCUUUCAAAUAAAAUAAAAUAAGUGUUAUUAAUUUGUUUUGAUAAUAAUAUUUUACAAUUUAUUGUGGAUGUUAUUAUUACAUUUAAGUUUCAAAUAGCAAAACUAUAUAUUAUAAAAACAAAAACAACAAUUUUAAACUGAUUAUAGUAAAUAUAUAUAUAUUUUGUAUGUGUUUUAGCAAUCACGUAACGAAAUAACUAUCACUCCAGUUCAAAGUACAUCGAUGUCGACAACCUUUCAACCAAAACCAAGUGUCGCAUCUAAUAUACCAGUAAGGAUCAAACUUGUUAUAAAAAAUAAUAUACUUUAGAGAUGUUGAUUAUUUUGUUUUUAGUCUACUCAGCAGGUUGAUGACGAAGAUGCUUCGGAUAGAUUAGUGAUUGAUGAAGGACAAGACGUUGUAAAUGCAAACUCUCCGUCUAGUGCACCACAGUGUCAAGGGUGUAUGCAAAAACCAGCACAAUUUGUAUGUGCUGGAUGUGGUAAUCAAUGGUACUGCAGCAAAGACUGUCAAGUAUGUAUUUAUUUAUUUUUUUAGAAAAAUAUAUUUAAUUAUUAUGACAAGGUAAUUGUUCCCAGUAAAUAAUAUGUAAAAAUGUAAAAUAACAAAAAAAAAAACUUAUAGAUUCUAUUACUUAUAGCAUCUAUUAGUCAUACAAUAUAUCUUUAUCCUUCUAAUAUUAAAAUUUAUACCCCUCAAUAACGAUUGCAAACUAAUUGAAUUAUACUAAUAAUACAAUUGAAAAGAAUAUAUUAAGAUACAAUUUGUCAAAAUAAAUUUAGGUGAUUGGAUUUUAUCUUCUGAAAUAAAUAUUCGAGUAACUUUUAUAAUUUCUAAAUAUCUUAACUUUUUGGUAAAUUAUUAUUUUCCGGUAUUUAGCAAUUGUAUAUUUUUUUACUGUCCUUGUUCCAUAAAUCUAAAACCUUAUUAAUUCAAUAUUUUGCAAAAUAUCAGUAACGCAAUGUUAUUUAAUUAUUCGUAACUUUUAUUUUAUUUACAGAUUGAUGCUUGGGACGAUCAUUCAGAAGUUUGUAGCGGUUAAGUUAUCAUUUGUUUUAAACAUAAUGUUUUGUGCCAAAAAGAUCUCUUAAAGAUUAAUGUGUAUAAUAUUCAACAUAAAACUGGUAGCAAUCAGCUACCUUAAUCGUUAAAAAAUCUGUAUUUGGCUCCAGAAUACACACAAUCCUUGCAAAAUCUAUUUUAAGUACCAUUUGUGGACACGAAGGUCAUGUGUCUAUAAUGGGAACUGACAAAUAAUUAUUAUUGAUACCUAUAUAUUUCUAAUUAUAAAUGUAUUUCUAUAAAUAUAAAAAAUAUUCUUUUGUUAUUUAUUUAUGUAAAUAAAACUGAUCAUACAUAUUCAAAAAAAUUGUCUAAUUCCACCACAAGUGUUAAUCCAUUGUACAAGUUAAUAUCAUUAUUUUUUUAUUUUUUGAUAAUACUGUUGGGUCAAUGACUGUUAAUUAAUCUGCCCGCAGUAUACUUGUGUUAUAUUAUUGAUUUAUUCAAGUACAAAAGGAUAAUUUUUUAUUUUAUUAAUUUUAAGAUAUCCAGAAAAAUUUAUUGAAUUUUAUAACAUAAUAUAUUGUUUUUGAGUUUUUUUUUUAUGAAAAAUGACUUGUAAUACUCCUUGUAUGAAACCUGCCUCGUUGUUAUAUUUUGUAUAAUAUUAUUGUUUAGUUGUUAGAAUUUGUUUGUUUGUUUGUUUAUUUAUUGUUUUUUUUCUUUUCUUUUCUAUUCGGAUUUUUGAAUUUGUAAUAUUAUUAAAAUUGAUUAAAAAUCCUAAUAUCACACCGAAAACAUAUUACUCGUCAACUGUAUUUAAUGAC